AAAAAUUCAGACUACCUUGAGGUUUUUACACACCAUCUAAGGAUGUUUCGUCCAUGCCUCAUCUUCCUAAGCAUCGUUGUAACCUGGGCUCUAGGUAAGAUUAGGAGUUAAAUGUACACUUCUGAAUAUAGUGUGAUUUUCUGAACUCGUAAGCAUUCUUUACACUGGCUACUUUAAGUCAGUUAUCAGCUUAUUUAAUGAUAUCAAAUGUAACUCGAAACUGGAGGAAACUACAAAUUAGUUUGUCGGUGAAGUUUACUGAUGAAGAACUGCAUUGGUGAUCACCACUUAUACUACCUCCAUUUCCUAAUAAAAAUAAAAACAAAAAUACGAAUUUCGCAAUAUUUUUUAAUUUGCUUGUGCUUUUCUUAUAUUUCUUUCUUUUUCCAAUUUUUCUUCCAAAUCAAAUCCAAAUGUAUACCAGACUAAAAGAUUUAUGGUAGUUUUGUGGAAUAAGAGAGCCAUCUAGCAAUGGAAGUUUUCUUAAAAACAUACUGUACAACAGUUCUCAGAUAAAAUUAAGGAAUAAAUUUAUUUUCUUAAGCUCGGGAAAUAAAAAAAUUUCAAUGUAUUCCUGUUCGUUUCGCGAGUGAUAAAAGGCACAACUUGCGUUAAAAAAUUGACCACAAAAGCAUUUUUCUUCUCUGGUAGCGCUUUGAAAAUAUCUAGCGCCGUUGUCGCAAACUAUUGCUGAGACAAAAUAUUAUUUUGGCUAAUUAUCAUGAUUACCUUUAUAUUAUUAAUAAUUUUUUUUAUGGUCAUCUUUGUUCAAGUCAUUUCCUUUAUUGUAAAAUAUUAUUUUCAAAACAGAUCUAGGAAGUACGCAAGAAUACAUUUUUUUUUUCAAAAAGCUUUAUUUAAUUAAUUGUCUUGCGACAAACAAAGCUUGAAUCGAAUUGAUGAUCUCUCUACGAGAUAAUCUGGUUUUAUCACUUGACUUGAUGAAAAUUGGCCACCCUAAAGAGUUUCUGAGGCUAAAGUUUUAAGCGUUAGCGCUUCACCUAAAUAAUUACAAAAACAGCCAAGAUAUCAUUUUGUUACAACCUUUUUCUAAUUUUGAACAUUUGGGGACUGGAAAUUACCACGAAUUUAACUAAAAUUUACUGAUUAUUCUGCUAGCGACGUAAAAAGUUUUAACACUUAACAAAAAAACGAAUAUUCAUCCUUCUUAUUAAAUCAAUAUACGCUUCUAUUUCUCCAUCAGAUUGCAAUAAACCAGUUGGUAUUGGAGAUGGAACACUCUCAGAUUCAGCGAUGACUGCAAAUUCCGAGAUCAAUAAGUUAGUAAAGAGCUUGAUCGAAACUCUAAAAGGUUUACUUGACUGUCAUAUAUCUCCUCUUUUAUUGAUUCUUGAAAAACUUUGAGCAAACGAUAUUGAUACUUCAUUUUUCAGCGUUUAUGAAAAUUUCAAGUUGGUGCUCUUAAUGCUUUCAUAACUUCAUUUUAGGCUACUUGUAUAUAAAAAAAUUAAAAAAGAGUGAAUAUUUCGAAAUUCCAGGUUACAUCUACUAUGUGGAUUCAGUUAUUUGAAUAUAUACUGCUCGUAUUUCCCUUUUUUAGUUCUGGCUGGUCAAAGUAAAAUCAGGAAUCAAUUGAUUCGUUUAAAUGACAUACUAUUCAGCGCGUGCCUGUCCGCCGUGUUUUGAACUUUCUCAAUUAAAUAAUUAAGAAAUGUAGUCAGUCGCUGUUUCCAUGUUGGAUAUGUAAAUUUUACACAUCCUCAGAUUGUGUUAACUUUAUCAUAGAUGGCAUGGAGCUAGGGAAGGAAGGUUAAAUAACUAUAAAGGAAAACCAGGAAAUCCAGGGGUUGGCGCUUGGUGUGCGGACAAAAAGGAUUCUAACCAAUAUCGUUAUAUACAGGUAAGGCAAGGAAAAAAAUAUCAUUCAUCCCAACUAACGUAAACUCUUGCUUACGACCCACACCUGUGCUAUGUCAAACAGAAAAAUUGAAAAAUUACAGCACAAAAAUAAGUUUAUUACUUUUUUUAAUUAUUAAAGAUGAACCUCAAGAGAAAAGUCUGAACUUACGUUUUGUUUGGUUUGUUAAUUCUAAGUCUGUUCCGAUUGUUUUGAAAUGAAUUCGAUUUGUGACGUUCUGAAGCUCAAUUCAAAACCGGUUCAUGUAAAUAGUGUUCUGAUCAGCCCUCCAGUUAUAAGCCCAACUCAAACCCCUCCGAAGUAUUAUAGCUUAUUAGCGGCAGUUUAUGGUUGACUAACUCUCCGGCUACAGGUUCCCGGAUUGAAAUCCUUCCGGAUAUAGCAGGUAAUUUAGUGUUAACAACUAAUACCCCAUUCACACCAGCAAAACAUGUUUUGUUAAACUGGUUUUCAUUGAAUGAAAAUUAUAUACAGAGAACUGAAAAACUUGAUUUUCCAUAGGAUUCAAGUACUUGCUAACUUGUAUUUCCGAUGUGCUACAUUCAAGUCAAAAAUAUUCGGUUAAAUAGUUUCUAGGAAGAAAAAAAAAAUUAAACUGUGUUUAACAAAACAACUUUUAAACAUGUUUAAGCUUUGGUGUGAAUGGGGCAUAAGUUGAAAACGUAAAUUAGCCACCGUAAAGGGUAAAAAAGCUGACGUUUCGAGCGUUAGCCCUUCGUCAGCAUCGCUCUGAUGAAGGGCUAACGUUUGAAACGUCAGCUUUUUAACCUUUUUCGGUGGCUAAUUUACGUUUUCAACUCAGUUGUUAACACUUAAUUACUUACCAUACUCUCCCAUCGACGCAGCACCACAGUUUCUUUAGAAACUUACCCCUUUAUUCAUCCCGAUAUAAGCCCACCUAAAACCCUUACGAAGUUCUAUAAGUCCAGGGUUUAUAAGCUGCAGUUUUCGGCAGGUUGACUUUUUAUUUAUCUGUGCAUUUGCUAACUCACUCAAGCAUACUUGAUUGAAAUGUAUCUUUAUCUAUUUCUUCUUUUUAAAAUGUAAUCUAUUUAUCAUCCUCGUAUCUAGUUCGACUUGGGUUCCGUGCGUAAAAUUGGAAAGAUCGCCACUCAGGGUCGUAACACGUCAUCGUUCCAAUACGUUAAAAGUUACAGAAUACUUUACAGCGAGUCUGGCAACGUAUUCUCGGGAAUAAGAGAUAUAAAUCAGAACGAAGUGGUAAAUAAUCCGCAUUUAAUAUGUUUUUAUUUUUGUUUUUGUUCUUUCUAAUUUUAUUUUAGUUGGUUGUUAAUGCUUACAUACAUUGUCCUCUUGUAAUUCCAUAGGUAUUUGCUGGCAACACGGACAAAAAUUCAAUUGUGACGAAUGAUAUACCUAGUGCUGGAAGAAAUAUUAAGGCCAGGUACAUUCAAGUGAUUCCCGUUGACUUCAGGGCUAACAUUUGCAUGCGUUUUGAGCUCUACGAGUGUGUGGGUAAGUUAUCGUAUUGUUUGGGAUGAGUUUUGUCUGAGAUAAAAACAUAUAUUUAAUAAGUAAGUCAUAAGUUCGAGAUUUCGUACGUAUGAUAUAAUUAUAGUUGACUAAGGGGAAGCUCGAGUCGACCCACAAAAAUACAUGUAGAGAUAGAGGGCAAAUAAUAUCAUUAUUUAAUGAAAAUUUACGAGUCUUUAAGUAAAUUAAGUAAAUCACAGGCUUAUGUUUUUAUUUUGAUUUGCUUUUAACCACCUUUAAUGUAUUUACAAAAAUCUUAACAAUUUACGUACGUAAGAAAAUGACUUUGAUGUCAAGAGGAGCCUCUUUUCCUUUUUACUUCUGAUGAGUGAGUAUUUGCGACUUUAUUUUCCUUUAUGAUCUUACAGAGUCGGUGCCCACAACUUCUGCUCCCCCACCAGGUACGUUUUAACCUAGCCAAAGCAUAGCUUUUCAGAACAUUUAACAAGUAUUCCAAGCUCGCGUAUUGGAUAAACACCAACGUAAACAGCCAAGGAGGACGUAGCGCCGAGUUGGCUAUAACUAACCUUUCACCCAAAAAGCGCGAAUAGAAUAAUUUUUUUUUUAUCAAAUUUCACUAAAUCCUGAACGCUUGGAUCAUUAUUUAAGAUGACUCAGAAUAUGAGCUGAUAAACGGAGCUGAGUGAACCAAUCAGAAGGAUACAAAUCCGGUAUUCGGAAUUGGAAUUUAAUAAUAAAACAUUAUCUAGCCGGCAAGUGCGGAGAAAAGACAGAAAUAAUUACCGGUUAUGGGUGUUGCGUGAUAUAAACACCAAGUUCUUCUGACCAAUGGAAAAUGAAAUUCUUAGGAUAUACAUGAACAAAGGAUUAUUCUGACUUACACUACAUAUUGAAGUGUUGGCAAUUACGUCUCAACUUUAACCACGCUGAUUUAUGACAUUAUGCAAAAAGUUGAUUAAAGCGCAGCAAUAAAGAAGACAGAUCUUCUACUAAUGUUUAUUUUUCGGCAAAUUCAGUAGUCGCGUUAGCUUGGCUUCAUACAUAUCCUAUAUGUCUGCGUUACUGUAUUACCUAUUAUAAAUUUCUGACUCUCUUCUUUUCUUAAUCGUUGUCUUCUCCUUACGAUUUGCCUACGAUCCAACCAGCCACGACUAGUCCUCCAGUUGGUAAGAAAUCAUUCUUUAUACUGCUCCCAGGAUUAGUUGUUGCUAUAGCACUGUGUAUCUCCACAGAUGUAUCACUGAAUUAUUCGUUUGCUUUCUUGUUCUUUCUUCAUCAUCAUCAUCAUCAUCAUUAUCACUGUCGUCAUCAGCGUCAUCAUCAUCAUCAUCAUUCUUUGCAUCACCAUCAUUACCAUUAUUAGUUUUAUCGAAUUUCUUUCAUACAUAUAUAUAUAUAUAAAUUAUUUUUCAUUACUUUGUUAGCUUGUCCUGAUGGAUACCGCUUGGGAGCAGAUAAUAAGACGUGUGAAGGUACCAUAGCAUUAAUGAUCAUUACUGCCAUGCAAACACUAGAACGCAGCGUAUAAAAGGAAAAAUUCUCAGAUAUACAGAGAGCCUUUAACUGAGUCCCAAAGUGAACAUAAAAUUCAGAAAAUUUAGCGCCUAAAGAGCUCUUGGUCAGUUGCUUAUCGUCAUUCCAGUGUAGUGUAAAAUAUGAGACACGUAGAACAGCGAUCAUUGUCCUUAUCUAUUAAAAACGCCAUUUGUUUUACAUGCCGUCAUUGUUUAACUGUUUGCUUGUUCUUCCAGACAUUGACGAAUGUGCUGAGCAAUCAAGUAAAUGUAAUCAGUACUGUCACAACACAAAUGGUAGCUAUCACUGCAGCUGCCAACAGGGAUUCAAACUUGACACGGACCAGCGAACGUGUAUAGGUUUGUACACGAAAUAAGUUUGUAGAGUGUGGAUACAUGUACUUGUUAUGUCUUGCUGUAAGAUUCUAUCGAUUUGAUUUUAUAUCCAUUGCAGAGCUAUUUGCAUGUAACAAUGACUUUGAAAUUUGACUUCAUCAAAACCUCGCGCGCUUUCCUCAAAAAAUACCAACGACAAAACAAGCGGAGCAGCAAAGAAAAUGAUCGCCAUUAAUACAAACAAAUAAACAAAGUAAAAGUAAAUAAAGUCAAUUCGAAGCAAAGCACAGCAAAACCCAACAAACAAAAAUUGAAAAAAAAUCAGAAAUGAGAAGAUCAAACCACUCAGGGAUAGUCAGGAAUGUACUUGAUAGUGUUUGCUUCUCCUAUUUCUUCAAGACAUCAACGAAUGCUCAGAACGUAAUGGCGGCUGCAGUCAGCUGUGUGAAAACACGGCUGGAACCUUUAAUUGUAAGUGCCGUGAUGGCUUCAGAUUGCAAAAUGACGGGAAGACAUGCAAAGGUGAGGACAAAAUGUAGUACCGAAACAAAAUAGUACCCUGCUUGUUACUCCCUAGAUAAGGGGUUUCUGAUGAAAUUAAUCUUCUUAAGAUUUGCAUCAUGUACUUUUUUCAAUUUUGACGGUUGCUGGUCUGGCAUGCCCCAUCCACUAACCCAAUUACUCUUGCGUCAAACGUUUGAGCACUAAAAGUACGCCACCCGCAUACGCGACAUCUCACAAGGUCAUGAUCGUUUUCUACCCCACCAAAGUAAAAAGAAAUUUUCUCUCUUCCAUCAAUUUUUAAUCAGUUUUUUCAUCAUCGAAAAAAAGGAAAUGUUUCUCCGACUCUGAUACAAUCUUUUUGAUGACUUUCUCAACCACCAGACAUCGACGAAUGUGCAGAAAGCAUUGAUUUGUGUACUCAGAACUGUCAUAAUACCGAGGGAAGUUAUACCUGCAGCUGUAACGCUGGAUACAGACUCGCCUCGAACAAGUACACUUGCGAAAGUAGGUGAAUGGUUUAUUAUAAAAUUAAUUCAAAUACAUGCAACAAAACACAUAUAGAAACUUGUGAAAAAAAAGUUUCAUGGCUGGUAUGACGCACCUUUCGCUCUGGCCAAAAGAUACAUCAAAUACCUCUUGGAGUUUUUAAGCAAACGCGUUGAGCAUCGUGCUCUAAGACCUGUCCAUCCAACCGAAAAUUUACGAGAUACAAUUUACAUCACUUAUGAAUUUUGUUCUAUGUCAAUACUUUCCUAUCAUUUUCUGCGCAUGAAAAGUUGAAUGAGCUUAGUUUUCUAAUUACGGUUUCUGGAGUAGUAGUAAACAUUUGCAUGGAUUCAUAUAAAAGAAAUAUAAGUCAAGAUCCAAUAUUUUGCUCUCAACUUUUUUUUUUUUUAUGUUCUCAUAUUAAGACAUCGAUGAGUGCCAGGAAGGUACUUCUGGAUGCAACCAGAUCUGCACAGAUACCCUUGGAAGCUUCAAAUGUAGCUGUAGGACCGGUUACAAACUGAAGUCAGACAUGAAGACUUGUGAAGGUAUUUCAAUCUAUUUGCAUAUUUAGAGCUUCAUGGUGUCUACCCUCAUUCAGGGGAAAGGUAAUAGAAAAGAAAGGUUGGUAAAAUAAAGUUUGGUUAGAAUAAGAUACAAAUAUAUACAUAAAUAUAUAAAUAUAUAUAUAUACACAACAGAAGCAUUGUGUUAACCCUUUAAGUCCAACUAGUGACGUAGACAGAAUUUCUCCUUACACUAUCAGUAAAAUAUCAAGCAGACAAGUAAUGAGUAUAAAGAAAAUAUUAAUUAGGAGAUUCUUGGUUGGUCGGAUUCUAAAUUCCCCAAACUAACAUCAAAUGAAUUGUACGGCAGACAGUAAGGAGAAUUACUGAAGAGAUCUUGGGAGUUAAAGGGUUAAGGCCGGUUUUUCGUUUGUUUUCUGUUCUCUGUGUCGUUGUAUUUAUUAUGACAAAAUAAAGGGCAUAGUACUUAAAGAUAGAUUUAGAAACAAACAAACAAACAAAUAAAAACUUCUGUCAGUUCUGUUCCUUAAAAACCAUAUAGAAUUUCGGUUUCAGCUUCACUGAACAUUCUACCGUAUCUGCACUACAUUGGAAUCUACGGGAUAUUUCGAGGAACAUUAUUUGCACCAUAUCUUAUCUAUACACACACACAUAUAUCUAUGUAUAUUUAAUUAUGAAUUCACAUCAUGUUCAUCUCAGAUAUAGAUGAGUGUCUGGACAGUAAUGGGGGAUGCAGUGACACUUGUCAAAAUUUGGUGGGUUCGUACAUUUGCACCUGUCCUAACGGCUACCAACUUGAUGGAACUGGAAAGAAAUGCAUUGGUGAGUCAAAAAUGAAGUUUUUCCCGUCUAUUUGGUAAUUUCAUUUAAUUUUUUUGCUUCAAAUUAAAGAUCAGAUGAUUCGAAAUCUAGUCUUUUGUAUUGUCACUACGAUUUUUUUAUCAUUGCCGUUGAUUUUUCAAGUCAAAUAUUUGCGAUGAAAGAGCAAAUGGAAAUGAGAAUGGCAUCAUCACUGCUUUCAGUUUUUCGAUGUUUGGGUUUACAUUCAAUCUGAAGACUGAUUUUUGAUCUAUAGACAAAGAUGAGUGCGCUCUUGCAAACGGUGGAUGUCAACACACCUGUGAGAACAGUGUUGGUAGCUUCUCAUGCUCCUGUAACGAUGGGUAUAAACUCAAUUCUGAUGGCUUAACUUGCUCAGGUAAUACUCUUGAUAGCUUUUUCCAUUUAGAAACGAAUCUGAGAGAUUCAGAGAGGAGAAAUAGAAUGAUUGAAUGAAUGAAUACGCUAAGGAUAACAUUCAAAUGAUAACAAUUAUUCUGAUAAAUGAAAAUAACGGAAAUGCGCUGCCGUGUGAUGAAGAAACUGAUCAUGAUGCUGACAAUGAUGUUGAUAACGAUAACAACGACGAUAAUAAUAACAAUGAUGAUCCUUAUAGAGAUAGUGAAAGUGGUAGAAAUAAUAACAAUAAUAAUAACAGUAAUCAUAGUAAUGAUUACUUGGAGUGAUAUUAACGUGCAAUUAUAUUGUAUGGGUAAUCACACGAUUUCGAGGGCAAAUUGACAUAAAUCAGGACGAAACAGGCUUUUUGCUAAAAAUUUGUAAUCGAGCGUUUGUACUUUCUCCAAGCUCGGUAUCAUUUUAAUCAUGUCAAUAAGGGCACAUAGACCUGAAUCAAUGUUGUGUUUUGUAGACAUCGAUGAAUGCUCAGAUGGUUCAGCACAGUGUGACCCAAAAAGCACCACUUGUCAUAACCUUAUACCUGACUAUGAAUGCAAUUGUAAACCAGGAUACAUUGUGAUAAGCAAUGAUAAAUACAAGUGCAAAGGUAACUGCUUGUUCAUGGUUUCCUUGACUCACUGCCAGCAGUGCAUUUAACGUUAUAUUCUGCAGAAGUGGCGACCUUUGUAGAAAAAAAUUUUCUUUCGAUUUUUUUUCACCAGUCAUCACGAAAAAAAAGAUAAACAGAAAAAUUUGCUGUGCUCUAUAAAGUGAAGAGACUAAAUGUUUGUUUUUGAAGAUCAAAAUGAAGUUGAAAGACACUAGGCUCAGAUUUGUGGUUUUAAUAUUCAGUUUUUUGGUCCAAUAUUUAAAUUUUUUUUUUCCUUUUUUUUUUUAUCUAAUAUUCAGUUUAAUUUGCUGAUAUGGUAGAUCUACUCAUGUGAGAAUUCGUGAAACUAAAAAAUUGUUAUUGAAAUUAAAAACUGAAUAAUUUGGAUCAUGAGAGAUUCCUUUUUAUGGUAUAAUACCUAUACACGACAUUGUUAAUAUCCCAUCAGAACGUUGUACCUCCAACCAACGUAAAGAAUUGAGAUCCCUAAACGAAGAAACAAUUUAAAUUAAAUUUUAUUAUAGCUCCAACUUGCCCAGCACUUGUCCAAUCAAUGGGAACCACCGUUUUUCCAUCAACUUGCCUACAAGAUCAGGUCAUGGAGGCCGGCGAUUUGUGUAAAUUCAGCUGCACCGACGGGUUCGAGCUGCCAGAUAACGAAGAUACCCUCAUCUGCCUAGCUACCGGAAACUGGAAUGCAUCAAUAAUAAACUGCAAAAGUAAGGAAUACACGCGAAUAUAUAGUUUUCACAGUUAAUUAAAAAAAAGAUUCAAAUUAAGUUACUUGUUUAAAGCAUAUUAACAUACAAAAUUUAGCAAUAUCUAUGGGUGGUAGAAACUGUUAUCUCUAACACAACUCUACGGAAAAGGAUACAAAACUCACUAUUCGUUGCCUAAAAAUUUGCAACUUCCUCGAGCUUCACUUGGAGGGAAAGAAGGAAAUACCAUAUCAAAAUAGAACUUGAUCAACGAGUGUGAUGAUAAUGCUCACGAAAAUGAUAAGAAUUCUCCAUAGCCAAGAAGAACGAUGGGUUUCGGGCUGGACUCCAAACGCUACCUGGAAAUAGGCUUCCGUUCAAUACAGACGUCACUUUGCGUUAUUUAAUGUGUUUAUUUCAUUAAUACGGGACAUCGUAAAAAUAUAUUAUUUGGAUUAUUCUUUGUUAUAGUCGUUUCAAUUUGUCGAGGCUUCCUUCCAGAGUCUUUUCAUAACCGAUUACAUUUGUUAAUUAUUUCUGUAUCACAGUAAACAUGACAAAAAGAAAUUUUAAAAAGAAUAAAAUCAAUCAAAUAAAAAGCAAAGGCAAAAACAACAAAAUUGAAAAUUAUGGAUGGCUGAAGUUUCUUAGGAGAUCACUAUCUUCUUUAAGCAGUGCGGUAACGUCCUUUAAGCCUUUAAGCUCAAUAGGAAAAUCAAUUAUUACCAAAAGUUUGAACAUUGGAGUUAAAAAAAUCAAAGAGCCGAAUAUAGAUAUUUUUAGAAAAAAACAUUGUCGUACUCAAAGGUCUAGGACCUUUUCGAGAAAGUAAUGGCAUGUGAAUGAAUGAAGGACUUUCUUUAAGUGUCAAUAGUAUUUAGCUUGAAGAAAACUAAUUGGGGACACUGUUUACGCAUUAAAAUAUACUUAAGCUGCAUAAAGUUAAAAUUAUUUAUAAUUCAAUUCAUAAUGUAUAGAAUUGAUAGAUAAAUAAAUAAGUAACUGAAGUAUAGGAAUUUAGUAAAAUAAGCGUAGAAGAUAUUAAAUAUAUACAAAAUGUAAAAUUCAAAGGGGCCUAGCAGCAUAUAUCACAGUUUUACAAUUAUUUAUCAAAAGUGAUAGGUCUUUGCCCUUAAUACUGUUUUAAAACUCACAAAAUUAGGAUUCUCUUUAUCACUUUGUUUUAUUUUUUGUUUAAUUUAUUUCAAAGAUGGGGCCCAAAGUAUCGAAGAGAAUGUUUUCCAUAGUGUACUGUGCGAAACGUGGAAUAUUGAAAUCAGCGUUCCUCAGAUUAUAUCGUUUCGCGGCUGUAUUUAGUCUGUUUAAUGUAGUCCGUUUUUUACCUUAUUCAUGAAAACGGUGAUACUUUGUAACCGUUGUUGGUACAGACUUAGUAGACCUGCUCUUGUAAGUAGCUCGCUGUAGGUCUCCGAUUUGGACUUAAAGACCGCCCUGAGUGCCCGCUCUUGAAUUCUUUCCAUUUUCUUCUCAUCAGAUGAAUUGUAAAAGUGCCAUACAAUAUCACAAUAUGUAAGGUGGGAUAAAAUAUUACACUUGUACAACUGUAACUUUGCGGACCAUGGGAUUAAAUUACAUAGUCUCAGUAAGACCCUAACCUUGCAGCUCGUCCAAUCAAAUGUACCUGUAUUUCAACCAACAGUCAUAUUUAACACUUAAGCUUGUCACUCAAUGAAGUGUUAAUCUCCCUUGACAGGAGUAAGCUGUCCUAAGCUGGUUGCUCCCGCAAAUGGAAAGCUGAAUCCAGAUACUUGUGCUUCUGAAGGAGGCCAUUAUCAAGGAAAGUGCGGGUACGUUUGUAACAGUGGUUAUACCUUGUCAGGGGUUCAGAUCAAGAAUUGCCUGAGCAGUGGACAAUGGGACAGCCAGGAAGAACCAACAUGCAUUCAAAGUGAGCAUAAAACCUUUUAUAGAGAAUGAUGAAUCGACGCCCGUAUGAAUGGAAUUUCUCUUCGUGUGUUCAACGCGUUAGCUAAAAAGUGAGCGGAGCGAACGAGUGUGAUGUCGAAUUAAACACGAGGAGAGAAAUGUCAUAUCUACAGGCAAUCAUGUAUUAUUAAUUUUUGUUUAUCAUAAAAACACAAUAGUCCUUUACCGACAAGAAAAGUCGACUUCAUCAACGAAUAAAAAUAAAAGGAUCGACGAUCACCGACCAAAAAUCGUAAUAUGCGUUGAGGCUAAAGCCUCUUUCAAACAGUUACGACGGUCGAUAAUAGUUUCAACUUUCAUUCACUAUUACUGACUAUCAUGUUUGCGUGAAAACAGUUCAUAAUAGUUGCUGAUAGUUGACAAAAUCACCCAAAGAGAUGGCGUAAUUCUAAACAAAUAUGGUGCGAGCUGAGGUCAGCAAUUCAGCAGUUCGGUGAGAUUUGAAAUUUUAGUCAAGUUGCGAGUUAAAUACUGAAGCUAACCACGAGGUGAUAAUAAUAAACUGCUGACCAAACGACUAUUAUUCACUUUCAUCCGCUCGUUUAAACCGCAAAAACUAUCAUCAAGCAUCAUGUCGAAUUCGGACAUGUCUAAACUACUUAAUAGUUGAUGAAAGUCGUUAAUGACCAGUGUUAGUUCGUGUUCAAACGCGCUUGCUAUUUAAAACUAUCAUCAACUAUCAUGACCAUUUGAACGGGGCUUAACGCUCGAGAUGAAAAAAUGCUUUGACACACUACAAAAAAAAACAAUGGUCCCGAUUUUCAAUAAGCAAAAUUCUUAGUUAUUGAUGUUGUUCUCACCGGCAGAAGAAAUCUUUCAGAUACAUAGCCGAAAUCGGUCUAUGACAAAUUAGUGGAUUUUCGUUCUCAGCGGCGAAAAAUAUCAUUCACAGCCUGAGAGCCAGUGAAUGCGUAUCUUUCGGUUUUUCUUUUCAUAUUUUGGUUUUAUUCCCCUCUAUAAAAGUUUAAACGUCACUGUCUGUAAGCGAUACGGAUUUUUCAGUGUAUUAUCAGCAAUAAUCUUGGAUUUAGAAAGGUGAAGACUUCAUUCAUCAACCUGAUCGAGUUUCGCGAAAGACGAGUGACGUGUCAGAAGCUGACUGGUGAUAUAAAACACGUGAAAAAAUAUUGUAUUUUUUCACGUGUAUUGUUACGGCUUUUCUCUGAGCCGGAAAUCCUUGUACAACAUCGUGGUUUAUAUGAUAAACUGCUGUCUUUUGUAAGAAAGAAUCCUUAAACCUUGCAUGAACUCAUGACCCUCAAAUGCGAAAUUCAGAUAGUGUAAAUGAGUCCCUAAAACUGACCUACAAGUACAGGUGAAGAACGGUUACCUUUUUUUUGUAGAAAAAAACAUUUUUCAGGCAAUGUGUGUUUACAUCCUAGAAUGUAAAAGGGUCGUUAGUUACACGAGAGGUGUCAGUCGAUUCCAAGGGAAUAUAAUCCGAAGUAAAAAUUUUAACGAUAAUGUUUUGGGAUAGAAGGAAUUCGAAACCGUUAUAUUUAUGUUUGAUCCCGGUAAAGGCCGAUAGACUGCUAUGUAUGCAACGAUGUAAACGUUCUGAUCUUUGAUAGUAAAGCUGAUUGUCAAACUGACCUAGAUUUUUUUGUUACCUUAAAAAUGUCCAAACGAUGGACUAGACUUCAUCCGAUCGGAAAAUUUGCAAAAUAUCUAAUUACUGAUAAAAAUACGUGAAAGACCCAAUCCUGCGAAGGGUAACAGCCCUGAAAAUUUCAUUUUUCCUACAUAUAUGUCGGCUGGCUUAUUUGAAAAAUCAGAAGCUGCACUCGCCUUCGUCUUGUGAUUUAUAAACUUUUCUUGUGUUCACCCAAUAUCCUGCGUUGCUUAAAACGCCAGUUAGCCGAUAGAAAGUGUGGUCUUAUGCUGAUUUCUUAUUUUAAUCAAGAGAUAAGAAUUUAAAAAUAGCUACAUUUCUUCAGAUGAACGCAAUUAAUAAAAAAAAGACAUCAGACAUUUAUCUCACUUUACACAGGCUAUCAGGAUCCUUAUAUAACAUGUCCAGAUAACGUGCAAGUUGAUCUUUCUCCUGGUGCCAAUGAAGCAGACGUUUCGGCCUUGCUCCAGGAUCCCACGUCCAAUCAACCACCUUCCAGAAUAACAAUCACACCGGCAGAGUACUUCAAAGACAAAAUGUUUCCAGCCGGCACAACGUUUUUGAAUUACGUGGCAACAAACGAAGUCGGAAAAACAGCCCAGUGUCAGACUGUGAUCAUCGUCGUCGGUAUUCAUUGAGCCAUUUACUCAUUUAUGUCAAUACAUUUAAUUUUAAUUUAUCCUUUAGUACUGCAUUGAUUUAUUGAGUUAUUUAUUUGUAUAUGCAUUUCCUCAUUUGUAUACUUAUCCAGCCAUUGAUGCAAAUAGUUGGUUAAAAGUCCUUAAUUUUCUAGCGAUUCAGUUAUAACAGUGAGAGCUGGUUCAUUAGACUGGUAUUUGAUGUUGUUGCUUUUUUUUUUUUUUUUCGCAUUGGACGGCUUUUUCCUUUUCUUUUUUUUUUUUUUUUUUUUUUCGAUCAACUGAACUCAUUUUUGAACUUUUGUCCCGGUAUUUUUUUUUUAUCUGCCAUUUAUCUAUUCAUUUAUUCAUAUAAACCCUAUCUUUUUUGCUGAAGAUGAAUAAUGUUUAUUUGGUAUCUAACUGACUUGUCGUUUCCUCUCUUUGACCACACCAGACAAAGAACCUCCAAAAACAGACAAUUGCCCAGACAGUAUAUAUGAAACCACAACGAGUCACAGCAAAGCUAUAAGUUGGACCCCACCAAAAUUUACCGACAAUGUGGCAGUUGUGAAAGUGGCCUCUGAUAAGAACCCAGGAAACACUUUUUCCCUCGGCUCUACAAAUGUGAAAUACGAAGCCACAGAUGCUGCGAGUAACAGAGGAACUUGCACGUUUGUAGUCCAUCUUAAACGUAUGUAGCCACGAUCAAGUAUUGUGGUCUCUCUGCUGAGUUCCGCUUCUUUUCAUAACCAUUCAUUUUCAUCAACAAAUCCUCUCCCCUCGACAACAUUAUCUGAACAAAGAUAGGUUUAAUAUUUAAUUUUCAUGAAAGACUGUCAUUUACAAAUUUUUAGGGUAACCUAUUACUUGCAAAUCUACUUAGGGCGCUCUGAAAUUUCACCCAACUCAGAGAAAGCGGUGAAGCCUACAGGUCUUAAAAAAAUUUGCCAACGAUUGGACGAGUGUUCAAAUAAUCUGUAUUUUUUUUAAAUUUAUUUAUUCAUUAAUCUAUGUAAAAUGUACUUUGAGUUGUCAUACGAUACAGUACACUCGUACAAUACAAAUCAAUUACUCAUCAAUUUGUCAUUCAUCUACUUGCUUUCAGAAAUCGGAUGCACACAGCCUAAAAACCCAGAUAACGCUAAGCUGAACUGUUUUGGUAGCUUCUGUACCAUCCAAUGUGACCCAAAUAAGAAACUUUUCAAAAUGGCUUUUUACGUAUCAUGUUCAACCACGACGUUGACGUGGGGUGAAAUCCCUGACUGCGUAGGUAAACUGCCUAUAAGUUUCUUUUGUUAGACAUUUUAUAACAAUAUUUUUUCGUGAUAUGACUAAGAAGUCGUUUUCCACUAGCAUUCUUCACGGCAAAGUGAGAAUAUUAUCUUGCAGUUAUACUGUAAGAGACCAUAUAUAUAUAUUCAUCAACAAAACUUUCUUUCCCCAAGAAAUAACUCUUUUCAUACCCUCUUUUAUUCCCAAUGACACACAGAUCACGCACAGCCGGAUGCCGAAGGUUCCUGUUCUAGCGGCUUUGUAAAACAAGGAGCAAUAAAUGGUGCAACCCCAGAAUCCAUCUGUGGUGAGUAUCAAUAGCUCGCUGUGGAGCGACGAGUGAAAAGGAUUAAUAUGUAAUAUUUUUUUGUAAGAUUCAAUUCCCCGGUAAGGGUUAUUAAUAAUAGUCAAUUAAGAGUAGUAGGUAAAGGGGCAUUGGCGUAUAGUAUCUUAGUAUAAUUUCUCAGGUGAUUAUAGAGAAAUCUCGCUAGAAUCACCUCUCUCGAGGUGACUAUGGCAUAAGCGCUAAACAUCAUGAUGACUACCUUACUAUUUGUAAAUGUUUCCGAGGAAGUGAUCGACGCGGUAUACGAAAACUCAAAUAAGAAGAGCAAAAAAGGUGCCAUUGAGUUUGGCGGAAUACUUUUCAAAAGAGAGAUGUGAAGUUUUAGCUGAUUCAUUUAAAUAAACCUGCUUAAACUCUUUGCUUAUCUUGAUACGAGUAAUCACCACAAUUGUAACAAAAUACGCGCAAUGCUUUAUUUAUUGACAUAAUUUACAACAGAAUUCGAAAGCACCUGAGCAAUUAUACUGAAAUAAAUAUUAUUCGCCUUAGGCUCAGUGAACAUUGUUGAAUACUCCCCUCAACUUCGUCUCGGGUUUGUAUUUCAAUGUAGUAACGUACAAUAAUGUAAAAAAUAAAAGAAAAGUAAUAACCAUAAUGAUGACAAUAAUGAUGAUGAUAAUAAUAAUAACCAUAAUAAAAAAAACAAUAAAUUAUUCGUCUCUAAAAAAAUAAGUUUAAAUGAUUUGAUUAAGCUUUGGGCUCAUUUCCUUAUUUAUUCUAUUUAUUGGCAUAAUCUUAUCUCUUAUGUACUCCCAUUCGUUGACUUGCUCAAUGGAUUGGCUCACUUGCUGAAAUACUUCCUAGCUUGCUCGCUUGCACAGGACGAAAUUGCAAGAAUCCGUAAACGGAAAUGUGGCAGAAACAUGUUAAACCGCUCCGGAAACACGACGGAUAACCUGUGUUUCCGUUACCGGUUUCGUGACGUUUUCUCGCGUUUCCGUUGCUGCGUAUACAACGGAAUCGGACCACUUUUACGUAAACAUAACGGAAACAUGGAGUUGCAUGUUUCCGCCACGUUUCCGUUUACGGAUUCUUGCAAUUUCGUCCUGUGUUGGCUCCCUUGUGUGAUUACUUUCUUCGUGUUGCCUUAACCCUUUAACUCUCAGAUCAAAUUUGUAAUUCUCCUUACUGUCAACCAUACAAUUCUUACAAUGUUUGCUUAGAAAAUUUAGUAUUGGAACUUCUAAUCAUCCCCAAAUUGAUAUUUUUCAAUUUUCUCAUCACUUAUCUGGUUGAUAUAGUAUUGAUAUUGUAAGGAGAAAUUCUGUCUUGGUCACUCAUGGGAGAUUAACGGUUAAGUCUUUCUCACCAUCCUUAUCCUGUCCUUUGUUUUUAAUUUCUCAACGUUUUUAAUUUUCCCAUUUUUUCUCCGAGAUUUUCACAAUUCGCUAAUUCAGUUAACUCUAUUAACAACACCAUUAAACUUUCUUUUAUACAGUGAAAUGCCCGAGAGGUUACUUCUACGAUACUAAUACAAAAACGUGCGAGCCAUGUCAAAUCGGCUACAUAAGUAAAGCGGAAGGCUCAAUGCAGUGCGAAGCAUGUCCGGCAAACAGUUCAACUUUAGAAGUUGGAUCCAAAGUUUGCACAGGUAAAUUAAUUUGGUCAGAUAUAUUUGCGAUAAAUUCUUUAGUUUGCACUGCUGGUUUAUUUGUGCAGUUUCGUAAGUGAAAUGUGACGUUGUACGGUUAGUGAUGAGAUUACUUGAUAAUCAUUCAUGACCUUGAAUUAAAUCAAAACAAAAAUGGUAACAACAAAAACGAAAAAACAACAAUAACAUAAACAACUAACAGAAAUAGCCACUUCAACAAAACAAAGAGAAUGCUGAAUAAGAAAAAAAAUAGCUAAAGAAAAAAUUACGGUAAAAUAAUGUAAUUAUGAUGUAGUCUACCUCCAGUCGUUCACAGUGGCUGCAAUGUCAUUGCUCAUCAUGUGCGUCGUUGUUUUUAUUUCUGCACACAGCUCAGUGUUACGCUGGUCAUUUCUCCAACUCAGGGUUUGAUCUGCAAGCAGAUCUUGAACCCUGCGAGCCCUGUCAAGCUUCCUAUUACCAACCUGAAGUUGGCAAAAAAAGUUGUGAGAAGUGCCCUAAUGGUACCACCACCCUCGGCACGGGAUCAACAUCUGUCGCUUCCUGUGGAGGUGAACUUCAUCUUUCAUUAACAAAAAUAUAACAAUUAAUGAAUGAAUUAAGCUUACAGUGUACUUUUUAACCGAUCCUCAAGGUUUUGAAUGUCAAUACAUGUAAAGAUAUGCAUUUUCUAGAAAGCAUAUUUCAACCUAUGCCAGUAUAAAUUUUACCUCAAUUAGCAUUAAUGUCGCAAUCUUAUAGGCCAAUUUGCCAUAGUCGCCGAAAGUACAGACAACGCUGCCAGCAUCAAAGUGUCGCGCAAUGGUCGUGCACCGAAAGAAUCGUUUUCUUUGUUUCAUUUCCUCGUCAGUCAUCAACUAUUUGACCGCUUUGAUGACGAAUGCCGUUGUCGAUAAGCGUACAGACCACACUAAACCAUUAUCAAUUUGUUCAGUGUACCAUAGUUAUUCGGCUACAAGACGCACUUAGUUAUAAGACAAAAGGUAGUCUAACCAUUUAAAAGUUGUCUUUAGAUGAGCUAGAACUUGUCUGCAGACGCCGUUAUUAUAAAAACAACGGCAACGUAGUCGUUCACACAGAUCUUUAACACUUGCGUCACAAACAAUAAAACAUCACCUAUGUCAAGAAUGUCAUGUCAUCACCAAGGUGCCUUCAUCUUGCAGCAGAACACAAUCACUGAUCUUAAAAUUAAUAAUGGUAAUAGGACCGCAUGGAGUCCAGUUCGGUCUGUGAUUAAUAAAAUCGGAUGACCGCGAAGCAGGACUUCGAUUUGUUAAUCGCGAGUAUGAUUACAGACAGAAUUGGAGGACACGAAGUCAGGUUACCAAUUAAAACCAUGACAAAAUUUGAGGAAGAAGCUAGACAUCGGUUGUACGUUUUCAUUAAAAAAAACAGUUGACUCGGCGAAAUGAUGACGCGUUCAGUCCAAAUACAUAGGCAUGACCUGUUAACGGUCCCUUUAACUGUCCCAUAAGACUGUGCAAUUAAAGGCAUGACGCGCACACUGUCCUAUUAGUUCUCAAAUCGGGCUGGUGAUAACCAAUACGUUCGAGAAUUUUUUUCAGUUUUGAUUUAUAUCUAUAACCUUUUCUCGUCAUAGGACCACCGAAGAUCACACGAUUCGAACCUAACCCUACCAAUGCGACCGAAAGAUUUCCGACCCAAUUUGAAUGCUACGGAGAAGGAUUACCUCUGCCUUCUUUUAAGAUCACCAAGGUUAAACCGGCACCAGGUAUGACUGAAUGUUGCUCAUUAGCAUAAUGCUUCUUGAAACUUACCGCUCGAUUGACUUAAUGAUACAAAUUCUAAGAAAAAUGCAACUAGCUACGCCACCGUUUAGCUAUCACAUAUAUGACUAACAUAAUCUGGAUCCGUGAAUAUUUUAAAAGGAUGUUAAAUGACAGCUUUUUGUCCAAUUUUAGAUGGUUUUGGAGGCCCGUCUACUCAGGAGUACAUCAAAGGUCCGGAUGGCAACCAGAUUGGUAUUCGUCACAUCAUCAGCAAGGUUACUGAGCACGAUGCUGGCGCUUACGAGUGCAAACUGGAGAAUAAGUUUGGCGCUGAUCAGAAGUACCUGUCUGUGAAUGUUAAACUCAACUUCGAUGUUGGUUAGUAAACAUGAUCCUCUCGUCUUCGUUGUGGUUUUUUUUCCUUGUUCGUCCAUGUAAUCGCCUUUAGUUUUCCAAGAUCUCGCUGUUUAUGAAACCUUCAAAAGGGUAGAAUAAUCAGCGGACAUGACUGACUUAUCACUACGCUGUCCAAAGAAGUUUUCCCAACUAAAUGAUGGACUUACCAGUAAGCCAAGCGCUUCUCUUAUGGGACAUUCUAUAACUAAUGGAACGAAGUAUCCCAAAGAAACUAGUAUGUGUGUCGGCGGGCAUGUGAAACUUCUAGCUACGUAUAAAGUAGCUAGCGCUAGAAGUUGAUAAAGUUCAGAUAUCGAUCACCAUGACGUUUUGAGCAUCUGCCAUUCGUCAAAGCAACUAAUUUCAAUCAACUCUCCCUUUUGUUUGGUGUAAGAAAAAGCGUUCGUUUAAAGUGGGGUGUAUCUCUGAGAAACAUUUACACAAAGAGCCAGACACAAAGUUACUCAACAUAAAUCAGUUAUUAUAUUACAUUACACUACUUACUCCUUUUUUUCCUGUUUUUGCGAAAUGCACCUUUGCUUAAAAUUGAAUCAGCUGAAAUGAGAUAUACGUUCACAAAAAAAAAAUUCAUACCCACAUUCCUCUAAAAAAACAGAUCUGUGUCAAGAGAAUAACAAUUGUUUAUGUUCUCUUGUCUGUAUGACAUCUAAAAGACGCACGAAAUUCGUACAAUCUAAUAAGGGGUCACAUUUUUGUUAAAAUUUUGACCUCGAAAAUGAUCAUGGUUGCCAGAAAGUUCCAGCAGUGAUUGAGAGUUUUUCCGAUGAAUGUUAAUGUGUCACUUUUAUUUUUAGGAAAGCGCCGCCGCCGUCGUCGUCAACAAAUAUUACACUCUGCUUGAUAAAAAAAAAACAGUUACUGGAGCAAUACAACAUGAUUUGAAAUACAAAUUAAAGCUCGUCUAACUGAAGUGUCUGGAAAGUAUUGUAGAACUUGUAGAAGAGGUGAUCAUUAAACACAACAUUAUCGUGUGAAUUGUGGUUUAUUUUCUUUAACAAUUAAUCCUUAAUCUUGAUACUUAUUCCUCUUCAGCUAGAUCUUUACAGGCGUUCAUUUAUUAGAAUUAUUUAGGGUGAUGUGAUACUCAAAAAGCAGAACUGUUACGAAGGUGUUGUUUUAUCUGUGUCCGGUUUAUUUCUUAGUUGCAUUAUAGUUCCGACAAUUACGGAUUGUUUAGGGGAAGGAGGUCUUUUGCAAUUAACUUUCAGUCAGAAAAAAAGUUAGCAAUGGGGACGAUCCAUAGAAAGAGUCGUGAAUGGAAGGAAUUACAACCUCAUCAGCGCACCUAGCUUAGUCGGUUGUUCGAAGUAAGACGAGAAGUAUAAUCAUAGCCUAGCCUCUUAAUUUCGCUCAAGACGCGAAAUUGAAAGAAAUAAUUUGCAGAUACAAAUUUGGCUCUUACUGUAGAAGACAUAGUUGACGUAAAAAUAUAGAGGACGGAGAGAAAAAAGAACGAAGAAAACAGCGCAAGUUGUUGGUGUUUAAACGACUCUAAACAUUCGACCUCGUCGCCUGAGAAGUUUGGCGGUAUAGCAGUCGAAACGUUGCGAUCUAUGCACGCUUGAUUAGCCUCGCUCUUACAUCGUGAGACGAAAUUUACGAUUAAACGUUCAUUUACUUAUAAAAACCACUAUAAGCAAUAGUAUUUUCCACACAAGAGCAAAAAGAUGUUGUUGAUUAGCAGCUGAACUGUAUAUUGUGUUAAAGUGCACUUACGGACUAAGUAAAACAAUUCACGGUGGUAGUCUUAAUAUUUCAGUUAAAAAGUAGAAUUUGCUUAAUCUACUACGUCUAGUAAGUCUAGUCUAGUAAUCUACUACUUUGCGCCUUUAAUCUUGCCGCACUAAUGCCUGUUUACAUGGAAGUGGGGGACCCCAGUCAGGGAGGUAACCCGCCUGUCUUUAUAACUUCUUAUUUUGUCUUGAUCGCGUUUACAUGAUAGGUGGGGUGACCCCACCUAGACCCUACCUGGUCUACCAGGUAGGGUAACCCUGUCAGCCGGGGUGACAAUUUGCCAAGUAUAAAUGUCUGGUGGGGUAACUCGCCAAGCCGGGAUCGCGUUCAUGGCAAAAAACUCAAAAGCGCAACACGUAUGUUUUAAAACUUUGUACAUUUCCAAGUCGUCUCACGGCAAAAAUCACCGGAAACCGCAACUGACACUCAAGGAGUGAAAAAUGUUCACAUUUUGGAAUAUUUAGCGUUGUAAAUCGACCAUAUUUCAAACUAUUCCUGAUAACGCAUUAAGUCAACGGUUCUUCACGUAACCGAACACCGCGUGACACAACGCGUGAUGCUUUCAUCAAUAAUUAAAUGAAUACGUGUCCGAGAAUUUGUCUUUCGUCUUUCUCGAGACGUGAGCUUGGGACGCCUAUGCUCAAAGUCCCUAAUUGCGAGCGCAACAACAACCUCAAGAAACCUCACCUCAGCACCUCGGGGUUGUAAGAUUGUAUGUAAACGCGUUUUAUUUUUUGACUACGGCUAGGCGGAUUACCUCACCUACCUGAGGUCCCCCACCUCCAUGUAAGUAUUCCCUAAUGGUUAGCCCUGGCACGGAUAGAGUCCAAAGAUUUCAUGAUAAAUCAAACAAAACAACCGUCAAAGAAAUUGUCAAAAUACAUGAAUCAAUGAUGUAGCUAGCGUUUCCCUUUAUUAAAGUUGUAAAAUGCAUCUAUGAGUUUGCUUUAUACGUUGUGCGAGAUUAAAAGCCAAAAUGUAACCCACUGCCAGUUUGCCCUGACCUCACUAAUACAUUUUCAAAAGUCUCCUUUGUCUUCUAAGCGAAAAUGAAAAAAAAAUGUCUUCGCCAAAACGGACUAAAACGAUAAACAGAGUGGGACUUGGAAUUCCGCAUGCGUGAGAGCAAUCAUAUCAGUUCAUUUUUUCGUCACCGUUUUCACCUGUCCACACUAAAACGGAGUGUUUUAAAAACAAUGCGUUUUCAAAAGAAUCGUUUUUUGAAAUCGUUUUAGAAAGUCUCUGUUUUCAUCAACGUUUUCGGGCGUUUUAACGUGAAUGACCGGCGAAAACGCACCAGAAAUAUGCGUUUUCAAACGAAAAGGCAGUAGUGUGGAACGUACCUUAAACAAAAUUAACUUUUAUAAGAUUUAAAGCGACCAAUAUGUUUCAUAUUACCAGUAGAAAAUUAUUCAAUUCCAAGUGAGGGAAUAAGUGAGCUGUUUGUGAUUGUCCCAUGCAUACAAAAGCUUUUCUUUGGGAUUGUAGUCUACCAUAGAAUUGUAUCCAUACUGGUUCGUGAACUGUAUAUUGGGGUUCCAUUGAUUACCAGUCUUUGUGUCAUAGGCAAAGUUGAUGGUUGUGGGAUUGCUAUUAUAACUGUCGAUGCAGUAGAUCACUCCACAAGCUAUGAAGGCGUUACCCAUCGAGUUCAUACGUUCUGCGAUAACAACCAACACAAAGAAAUAACUUGUAAAAUCAGUUGCCUCUCCUCUGUACUUCGAAAUAACUUCGAUUGAAAAGAAGUCAAUUUCUCAGCAAAAUAGAAUAGAAAGUGAAAAAAUCCUGAGCACCCUUUUAAGUGCCUUAAUUUUGAUAAUAGUUUCAAUUAAAAUGAGAAUUUAAGGGCGAUGGUGAAGAAGCGGCGUGUAAAAAAAAAAAAAUAAUAAACGCGACCUAAUAAUAAUAAAACCACAUUGACUUUCGCUAUAAAAUUAUAACUGUAAUCAUGUUUCUUUUAAAAAGAUAAAAGUCGCAUCCCAUGAAGGAACUAUUACGAAUUAUGAAUUAUGUUGCCUUUGAUCUCUAAAAUGACUUACCUGUAGCCAAGUUGUAGUUGUUUACUAUGACAUCCCCUUCAAUCUUGGAGGCGGACAGUCGACUGCCAUUCCCUGUGUUGCCCCACAAUACCCAUAAACCAUUUUCGUCUACUGCCAAGUCAACCCCACUGUAUCCACCCCACGUGUAGGUAAUACUUCUUGGCGAGUAUCCGCUUAAAGUAAUAUGGUUAUCGAUGUUGCUGGUGAACAAAUUAUACUUUAUGAUGAACUGGCUAUUUUCCCUGCAAUAGAAUGAGAAAAGUUUCCAGAAAUAGAUUAGAAAAUAAGCCGAAACACUUGCACUAAAUAUUCACGGUGGUGGGUUGCCAAUAAUUUAGUAAUCAAAUGAACCAAAAAAUUCUCUUUUUUCAAUUGCCCAGUGAUCAAGGGAAGAAAAGUCAAUCAAGGAGAGUGGGCGCAACGAAUUCGUCUCCUAUUUGUUUUGACUUUGAACUUUAACAUUUUAAAUUCUCAACAAGAAUAAAUAAAUAACUGAAAACGAAAAAGUAAUGAAGGUAGGAAAAACCUAUUGUAAUAGAGGUGAUUUCCAUACACCACUGCCCCUGUUCCAUCCCAUUUGAAGGGCAGAGUGUAAUUCUUGCGGACCACUCCUGCUUUGAACUUGUUGAGGUUUUCAAAUUCCUCAACGUUGUCGUUUGAGUAAUAACUUUGCAUGACGAAUAUGGUGUCGUUACCCAUGACACCAAGAGGGUCUUUCAUCCACGCUCCUUGAGUGGGAGAUCGAUUGUGUUGAGUAACAGGAUUUCCAACACUCUUUAAAGUCAAAGCACAGCCAACUGUUUCAUAAAAGAGAAAAAAAACUGUAAACUAGGUGUAAUGCGAGACAAAAGCGCGCGCACAUGACGCGUUCUGUCCACUUACAUAGGCAUGACCUGUUAACUGUCCCUUUAACUGUCCCAUUACACUUCCAAUCACAAGCAUGACGCGUACACUGUCCUAUUAGAGCUCAGAUCGGACUGGUGAUAAUUAAUCGAGAAUUCGUUAUAGUUUUGAUUAUUACCAAUAUUCCGUAGGCUUUCUUUAUUACAGACGCUCUUUAUCCCUUUUGUUUCUGAUCUUUUCUUCAUUUUUCUUCAUACGUGUAACAACUGUUACAUUUAAUUAUCACUGAAAUAGAUACUGACCUUUUUCACAUCGAUUCCCUCGAUAACUUGGUGGGCAGGUACAGGUGUAGCCAUUGAUACCAUCUACGCAUGUCCCACCAUUAGUGCAAGGGUUGCUUGCACACUCAUCCACAUCUAUCAAAUAAUCAUGCAUAUCCACAGAAGGAAAAACCAUUAUCUUAAACGAGUGGGUGUGAUAUUCCUGACUUGCCCUAUGAUUCGUUCAGUGAGUGUCAUUUCUGUUAAUGGUUCUGGAGAGUAUUUUAUAGAAUAUAUACAUCUCUAAGAGUUGUUUAUUUACAAGUAUAUCUAUCUGUCUAUUCAAACAUUAAGUACUUAUUAUGAGGCACGCCAUCAUUAGGGCUAUAGCACGACUUAGAGUGAACAGCCCCGUAAACUUCAACUUAGAUAUUUACUUUUUCUAUUGAUCACUUCACUGCAGAAACCAUCAUCUCUAUAGUUUUAACCGUAACUCUUUCAAUAGUCUGAACAAUCUCUCCAGAAGUGAUGAAGAGCUCUGACCUCAUGUGACAAGUACUACAAGCCACUGAUAUAGUUAUUUUUAUGAGGCGCUUAGAAGCUCAUAACACUCUUCUUCACGGAUAGCCCCCCUAGCCCUUGUCAAAUUACGUUAUAUCCUUACAAGUACAGACUUUUCCAUCUCCACUGAAACCAAGGUUACAAGAACAACUGUACGAGCCUUGAAGAUUCUGACAUGAAGCAUUGACGGCACAGAUAGGGACUGAAGCACUGCACUCGUCUGCAUCUAUAUUCAGCAGAGGAAAACCGAAAAAACAUGAAGAAUCAGCUUUCAGAAGAAUGACUAUUACUAUCAAUUAGUCAUUCCUUUCUACUUACUAAAUGACUUCCCACAAUCACCCCAGAACUAAUUUCUAGCUAAAUCUGUCUUAAAGUUCCAAGGAUAAAAAGGAUGCUGCUAAAGUUUAUGGGGAUUCAAUGGAACUGUUGAGGAUUUACUGUGUUUGCCACCUACAGAAAAGGUCACUCGCACGAAUAGUGCAAAAAAAGUAUCCGUCAAGUAGUUACCUUCUGUGUCCAUGUCGCAGUAGGCAAGUACAGACUUAUCUUUUACAACAGAAUUAAGCCAAUAUUUCCCGCUAAACGCCUUUCCACCUUCACUUGCCUUGAUUUCUUUACAUGAUUCAGCGGGCAACUCUGGAAUGGAGCCCAAGGGGACUGAGAAAAGAAAGGUAAAAAGAUCAACCUUUCUUUUCUAAUUAAACUUCAACAUUUUCCUUCAGAACUGUACAUUUACCUCGUUCUCUGUCUCGUUUGAAAUAGUAUCUGUUGGAAUCCGGUACAAAAUCCUCAGGUCUGGCCUCUUGGAUCCUAUUGCUGAACUCACAGGUGGAUUGAGAGAGAACAUAAUUGAAACUUUGACACGCGACGUCUCUGUAACAGGCCUUUAAACACUCAUGACCGAGAGAUACGCUCAUCGUUUUGUAUAUGUGACUCUUCAACAUCAUGCCCUUGACAGAAUAUUCUGCCCCAGUCUUACAUUCAUGAGCACUUGUCUCAUGCGAAGAUUCGCAAAGCAACAGGAGAGCUGAGAGAAAAAGGAAUAGCGCCAUGGCAAAGCCUCUUUCCUUGAUCUAACAACGACCUGAAAUUAUAGUAAAAAAAUAUAGAUUGGUUUAUCUUAAUAAUAACUUGAUGAAAUGAAAAAGCUCCAAAUAAAGAACUUGUCACAUUACGCAUGGUCUGGCGGUUUUCGUGAAAACUUUUCACAACCCACUCACGGAAAUAUUUCUUAAAAUCAAAUAUGCUGUUUUUGAGCUUCUUUAUUUCAUAGCUCUUACCCUCUAUGCAUAUUUUUCUGUAAAAAUAAACUUCCCAUAAUGACAAUUGUGAAGAUAAUUAUAACGUUUUGUUUUAUUGAAGACUUCAACGGAAAUAAGCUGUUGUUUUAGCUGUCAAUGUGAAGACAAAAAAUUUUCCCCCCUUCGUGAGACCUUGUUGAUUUGCGAUUAUUAUUCAGUUCCCAAAUGAGGUUUUAAAAAGGACUGCUUUUUAUUGAGACAUUAAAGCCAUUCUGUGUCCUGGCUACUUUAUUUUUGUAAGCUUGUGGAAAAAAUGAGAUGAUUUUACAAUUAAUAAAGACUGAUUUUUGGCAGGAGCAACUGGUUAUAUUCAAGGUGGUUUGACAUUAUCAUUUAGCUUAUAAUCUACUAGGCUUGUGUUCUCAAGAGCUAUAGCAAAAACAUCAAAACGUACCGUUAUAUUUAAGAUCAUAUGCUGCAUUACGUAUAGACACUAUGUCCCAAGUCUUCGUGAUUACUAUUAACUGCAUAAGUGAUUCGACUAAACAAAAUCAUAUUUACAGUAUCACGCGCGGGCUGUUUUCCUAGUGCCAUGUAUGAAAAGCAGCAAGUUCAAAUCUGUACUUCUGUGGCAAAUCCUUUGCGUUGACUUGAAUGUUAAGUUUGUAAUGUUGAGUCAUAAAAUCGCUACUCUCACCUGAUAUUUAUACGCAGGUCCUUUGAAACGACACUUCAAGCUUUUAAUACUUGUCACGGUAUUAUUUAGUAACGAAUACGUGCGUUUUGGAAUGGAACUCACAAGGAAUUACUCAAGAACAGGACGAAAGGCGUCAAUCUCGAGAAACUAAGUGUAUAAUUUGCUAAGAUACAUAAGCAAUGACGUAACGACCUUCCCUUCCACCAAGAUCAGAAUGCAAGAAGUAUUUCAAAACAGUGGUGUGUCGCUUCUAGCUGCCUAGUUCUGACAGUGCAGAUGCAUCUAUCUCUUUGAGAUAAUUAUUUACUUCGUUUAGAUCAUUUAAUACGAUUUCGACACUUUCAACUGGUUAAUCCUAUCAUUUACAUGAAUAAUUCAAAGCAACGAAAAAACUAAUUAAACGGACGCUAUAAAAAUUUAAUUACAUGUUUGUAAGGUGUCAUUCAGCAGUACUGAAUUUUCGUGUAUUAGAACAGUUUCCGUUUCUUAAUAACCAUCCUUUUCUUUUUGCAGCCCGAUUAAUUCUCCAUUAUCAUAGCACUGCGUUAUAAUUAUCAGAGUAGUUUUAUGGACUCAUUUUAUACCUCAUGCCAAGUUUAAUUUAUUUCGGUUCUAUUUGUUCAUAAGGGCGCCACUGAAUAAAAUUUUAAUUACUUAGCUAACGAAAUAGCAGAGAUAAGAUCGAGAAAGCGCCUUGAAAACCCCUCGAUCUGCUUAUCUACCUUGAUAAAAGUAAUUACAAUGGACUAGUCAUCGACAAAAUAUUCAAACGUUAACGAUAAAUACUUUCACAUUCCACUAUGACUAAGCCAAAAGUCUCAAGCGUAAUCCAUAUUGCAAAGGCUAAUAUCUGUGGUAGUGGUUUCAAUAGGUUGUUUAAUUAUUGCCACAUGAUUGCAAAAACAGUUUUAAGCGGGUGAUUAUAAAAAAUUAACCAAACUCAAAUACGUGAGGAGAGCAAAAUAUCAGUUUCAAUAACUCAAGCUACUCUUCUUGCGCUUUCUGGUAUCACAUUAGAAAGGAAUACAUGACUGAUAUAAAUUUUUGUUCACUUUUUUUAACUCAAAAACCGAGUUAUCUCGCGGAUAGAAUAGAUUGCUUUCCUAAAAUUGACAUAUUGGGUGAUGUUUUCUUAAAUGAAUAAAAAUUCAAUUUUGACGCAGUAUGCACUUCAGCUGAAUUUAUCAAUUCCAAACUAUUUAAUUUAGUCACACUUCCAGAAAAAUGUGUCCCUAGCUUGACGUACACAUUUUGAAACAACUAAAGAGUUCUAGGUUUAAAAAAUAAUUGUGUAUAUUUAUAUAUACAUUUUUGUUUAUUUAUUUUUUUAUGUACACACUCACUUAUGACCUUACCUUAAAUCAUGCAUUUUACAAUUUAGAAAUUAAAAAAAACUGAUAUCUCGAAAGAUUAAAAUUUAAAGCAAGUUAGAUUAAAACAAAAACAAAAACAAAAGAAAAAUGACACGCAAAAAAACAAAACAUGAGCUUUAAUUGCAACUGUUUUAACUGAGAGAAGAACAAGAGAUCUCUCGAUAAGCGCCAUGUUACUCAGCUUGACAGACCUUGAACAACAAUGGAAUUCUAAUUCCUUACAGAAACCUCAAAGGAGGGCAUUUGCCAGUAAUGCUAGAAAUGCCAUGCUGUCCAAUCGCUAAAAGCUAGAUUCCCACAACACAGGUAUUGCGGAAAAAUUAAAAAGGUGUCGCUGUCCUCCUGCACACAUGAAUGUGAGGCAAUGAAUCUGUAUUGUUGAUUUCGCGCAGUUCUGGAUGCUGCUCCGUUAAAGACAUCAUUCUUGUGGCAAAUUCUGUCACUAAAUCAUUUCAAAAAUAUUUUCAAAGAAAGUUUGUUUCGCCUCAAACAUUUCAUUAGUUUGUUGUUGUUAUUGUUGUUUUAUUUUUUUCGUUUUUUUCGUAUGUUCAUUUGUCGUUAUUUUCAAGGACAUAAAACAGAAUAAUCAAUAAAAACCCAAACAAAACAAAAAGCCGGAAAGACUUGCUUUGUUCUACCCAUGAGUCCCAUAGGAAUUGAAAACAAACUGCUCCUCUGAUAAAGGGGGUAGGUUUCUAAAGAAACUGAGGUGCUGCGUCGGUCGGAGAGUAUACAUGUAAUUUAGUGUUAACAACUGAGUUGAAAAUGUAAAUUGGCCACCGUAAAGGGUAAAUGACCAGUAUUAGGUGUUACGUACACCUAUAAUGCAUAAUGCAUAGUGCAGAUUCAUGAUUGAUGUCAUGCGCUACCAACCUACACCGAAAAGCACAUAAGAUAAAAGAGUCUAAUCUAGGUAUCCCCGAGAACGAUGGGGACAGUUUAUUUCGAUUUACGCGUCGAAAAAGUGCCUAUCUAGGUUGAGUUUCACUCAGGUGAGAGACUGAAAAUCGAUGUAAUUUUUAAUCAGCAUGUGCAGCUGAAACUACGUCUUGUCUUCCUCGGUGACCUUGCGUCCGUAAAAUCAUUUUAGAUAGAUGGUUCUCUGCCAUCUAUCUUGUUGUAGAAAGAAAUUCGACCUUCGGAGGCUGCAAAUAAAAACAUCCGUGUAACUCCUCUCAAGCUUAAAAAAAUCGACAAGGGACCAAAACAAUAACUAUUCCAAGGAUUGAUGAAACAGCGAAAGCAACGAUAGCAACGUAUCGGUAUCUGGAUUGAACCAAUACGCACUCUAACAUUGUUCCAACAAAUGUGAAGCAAUCCACAAUGCAUCAGUUGUUACCAAAAACUAGAUAGAGCAUGUACGAACCAAACCGACCCACACGAUGAACGGCCGCUAAACUUAAACUCAUGCUACUCAUACUAACCGGUCCUCUUUCGUAAGAACUGGGACCCAAACGCUAUUGAUAUCGGAAACAAAAGUGUUAUAGGACAAAAUCCUCCGACGCCUUGCUGAUCGUGUCAACUUGAGACAAAAUUCUCGGUAAUAAAAACAAUUCAUAUUCAUCUGUACUACUUUCUAUUAGUAAAAUGACAAGAGUAAUAUCGCUGUGAAACUUUUUCUAAGUUCCAUUUAACAGCGCGAAACUAACUUCAUGCAGUUUUCAAUAUAGGGGAUCUCUUUCAUUUUUUCUAAAGCAGAGGUUAUUUCAGAACAGUUCCUUUAAAACAGUUGACGAGCCUUUUUUUAAGCACUUUGUCAGUGAAUAAAAAUUACUUAACGUUCACGCGUACGUCGCAAAAAUGCUACUUUUAAUUGUGUUGCUUUUGGGAUCAAUCAUGACGCGCAUCUAAAAUCUAAUUGCGUCUUUGAUGGCGAAUAAAUUGUAAGAGUUUACAAACAAAGAAGUAUCUAUCUACUUUCGGUAGUUUCUUUAGCAUCAACGAUAACGUUCAAGAUUAUAAUUCUCUACGUCAUCAUCGUAUUGUACGUGGCUAUUGUUACAGAAAGCCGCGUCAUGCAACGAGGGAAAUAUCUUUAAUCUCAUUUUCUUUCUGUAUUGUUCCUUCAUCUCCAUGGUUAUUAUGACUUCUUUUACACAUUCAACAUUUCCAGUUAUUAGCUCUUAUUAUUAUUUUUUUUUUCUUAUUAGAAUUUUUCCGCUUUUCUAUAAAUUGCAGUUACAUAUCAAGAUUUCUCGGUCUUCCUUUUUACAACUGCUACAUUUUCUAAAACAACCGCUGGAAGAAAUGUACUCGAACAGAGUUAUUUGAAUAUCUGUUAUUCACAAACAGCCUAACAUGUUUCUAUAGGGAAAAAUUGAAGAAAAUGAGCUAAAUUACUUCAGCGAAGUCUGAAAAGGAUAUCUAAUUCUUAAUUUUUAAUAAUAAAAAAAAAACUAGGGGGUUAUCAAUUCCAUUAUUAGAUUCUAAUGAAAUUUUCCUGACAAAAACAAUCAAAUUUCAUUUUGAGUGAUACUUGCUACGAAACAUUAAGCAAGGUAAUUCGGCCACAGUCACGUUCCUAAGUCUGUAAAAAAAACUGCAACAGUAAGUUGACUAAGAAUGAUGUAUUGCCCAAGUACUUCAGAUUGUUAAUCAAGACUUUUCAACUGUUCAGUAUGCUGUAAAUGAAUUCGAUCCUAGGCUGAACAGAAAGGUUGAAUUUUCAUUUAGCAAUCUUUCUUCAAAGUAACAGUUUCGCAAAGCAAAUGAUGAUUUUCUUUUACGAUUGUUAAUGACCCAGGCGAGCAGCUAUACAAACUCAUUAAGAAAAGUGACACUUUUAGUACGCAAUCUAGCUUUUAUCUUCACGGUGUGUCAUUUUCAUAUUCUAACUAAUUCCUGCAAGAUUGCAGUUUUAAAGUACUUUUCUUACAGCAUCGUCAUUUCGGGAAAUAAGUAAAGCUUAAUUUAGGGAAAUAAAACCAAAACGAACAAGGAUUAAAGAAGAUAACACUGAGACAUUGACACUAAAUAAUAAUGUCUGCUAAUAAGCAUUGUUCCCGACCAAAAAAAAAAUAAAUUUUGAAACUCACGACGUGGCUGUUACAUAAAUUUCUUAAUUAACACUUAAUUCCACUGAGAGAAUCAAGGAGAGGAAAAGUGAAAGGAGAAAAAAAGAAAAUGCAGAAAGAAAUACUACUUUUUUAAUCGUGAUAGGGCUGAGAAAAUGUUUGGAACGCAGCUGUUUCAUGAGCGUGAGAAAAUGUCCCAAAUCACAGAUAUUGUUUGGAAUUAUGGAUCUCACAGCUGAGUAAACCUGACAUUUGAAUGAAUUAAUUAAGUGGUUGGAGUUUUAUGAAAGAGGCAAAGAAGCAUACUCCAACUACUCCUUUUGCUAAGACAAAAAUUUUCUGUCUUAGCGAUCAAAAACAAAUCAUGAAGGACUGUUCUAUCCUUCUUUCACUGAUCGCUUUUUUCUGCAGCUCCAAGGUAGAUGCCGGGCUUCUAGAUGACCAAGCAAAAAUUCUAACAGAUUUUAAGUCGAAGUACAACAACAGCCAGUCUGACAUCAUUUUCCUUAUGGAUGUCUCCGGUAGUGUGAGUGACUAUGGCUUCCAAUCGGAGAAGAUUUUUGUCGAAAAUCUUCUCAAUGAGUUCAGUGUGGCCCCUUAUUCGACGCGAGUUGCCGUUAUCACAUUUGGUGCCGAAGUUAAGACGGAUAUUAACUACAUCGACAUUAGUCCGUUAUCAAAAUCGCAUCAAAAGUGCGAGUUUCACCCUUGGUUUCAAUACAACGUUAAGCAUCGUUAUGGAUGGGCCACCAACAUGAAGGACGCCUUCCAGAGAAGUAUAGAUGUCCUUCAACUAGCCAUGGAUCACACACAACGGAGGAGUGGGGUACACACCGUAGCAAUCCUGAUAACAGACGGAUGGUGGAAUAGAGGGAGUCCGGUAGAUAACGCGAACAGACUUAAAAGCUCCUACACGACGGACGUAAUCGCCGUAGGAGUGGAUGGGUACAAUCAGGGACAGUUACAACAGUUGGCAACCUCAAAUGACCUUGUCCUUGGCUUCAGCACCUUCACGAAGUUUCGAGAACUUGCAAUGUUUAUUAGAGGAGGUAAAGAUUGUUGUCAGUCCCUCAAAUUUUUUCUUUUUUUUUUUCACUUAAAUAUUUUUUCAAGACAAAUCCGAAUUUAAAGAACGAGGAACAAAAACUAAAGGACUGAAUGCUAAUUUCUCUUUUCAGAAAAGGUUUUUUGAAACGAAGUAAUGUCCUCUUUCCUUUGCGCCCAAUUUCCUAAGAAAAAUCAAAUAAUUGAAAAAGAACUGUACGGUAUUCUCUCUAGUUCCAGACUGAAGAACUUAAAAACAUGUCACGAACGGGCUGUGUUUGGAAGUUUCCUAAGUAGCGGAAUUUCGGAUGAAACAAAUCCCCAGCUUUAACUGCUUCUUUGUCGUCCAUGAAAUGUUUUUGCCCAAUUGUAAGGAAAUCCGACAAUCCACAAAAUUGUUCGAGUUUCCUUUCUAAUCAGUGCACGUCGAAGUGAACGACAAUGAUAUAAAUGGCAACAACUCCCCAACAUAUUAUUAUCCUUAUUUGGAAAGCUAAAUUCUAUAUUAUUACUCAACUUUUAUCUUUUUUUUGUAUUAUUUAUUAAGAAACCUGGCUUAGCUACAAUUUAGUAUGAAUUACCUAUUACAUUCUUGUUCCUUAAGACUACAAUUCACUUUUACUCAUCUAUCCUAAAUUUCUCUAAGAACAAUUUCAUUAAUUAAGUUUCAUACAAUUUGUUUUGUAGCCGCCUUGUUAGGAUUCACUUUUAAAAUGUAUUUUAGCGAAGGGCCUCGAAAUAUUUAGAAGCUGUUCAUUGUGCGAAUAUUAUUUUUGGCAGGUAAUUGGAUUUCCCAGUGAUACGAUCAAUAUUUUCCGGCUGUAUAGGACCUUAAGAACUAUAUUUGUUUCAAGAGAAAUGCGCCAAAAAUGACUGCCAUAAAAAUACUAGCCAUCACAGUUUGUUUUAAUCGUUCGAGAGUGUCCCGGGAAACUGAAAAUAACAGGAUGACAGGAUCAGUCCAUUACAUAGAUAAUAAAGUACAUGAAAAAAAAUGAUAAAAUACGCGCUUCUGAUUGGCUGAAAACAACUGCAUUCUCAUGUAACACGGGUGCAAAGUUGUAACGCAAGUGCAAAUUACAAAUAGCACGCGCUCGCUCUGAAAGUUUUGUCUGUUUUCCCUUCUGUGAUUUUUUUAUUGUAAAUUAUUGACAAGUAAUAUAAUUAUUUCUCUUGCAAUUUGAUGUAAUUAACAAUUGUAAAUUUUUAGACUGCAAUUUUGCCGUCUUUGGAAAAUUUACUCGUGCUUAUGGACACCAUGCAAACUGCACACGAAAUCAUGUUAUCAUCUAUACUAAUAAAUUCCUGACAGUAUCUAUGAAUAUCUAUGAUGAUAAUUACCCUACAAGAUGGCAAGAUAAAAAAUUUUAUACAUUCAUCUCAUCAUUUUUUUCCUGAAACAGACGCUCACGACAAAACGUUUAUGGAAGUAGACUCCAGUAAAUGCACCUCUGGCGGCUGUGAUCCCAAAGCCUUCUGCGCUUGCGGUACAGUCAGUGCAGAGUACCAGUGCGUCUGCAGACAAGGAUAUCGUGGUGCGGGCCUUGCAAAUGGCGAAGGCUGCUCUCGUAAGUUCCUCUUAAUUAAUUAUCUUGAGGACGAUCAUUAUCAUCGUCGUUUUAUUGAUAAUGUUAUUGUUACUGCUGUAUUUGUUGUUAUCGUUUUUUCUUUGGACUUAUGUAUUUCCUGUUUUGAGCUAGAUCGUUCGACCUUAUCAAACUUUGAUAAUUUGGUUUUUAUGCGUCCUCGCUGUUACAACUGAUUCCCCAUAGUUCUUGUUUUAUUGUUUUUUCAACAAUUGAGUUAGGUUCCCAGUAGUCGCCUCCCCAAUUUUUGUUUUGUUUUUUUUUUUUUUUUUUUUUUUUUUGAUUGGUAGAAAUGCCUGACUUUUAACAGAUCUUCUGGUUACUCUCCUUCUCCAUUAUGGAUAAUAUCUCACAAAACUGAUGGUUGAAUUAAGUCUCUAAUGAACCGCAAAGAAUGAUUAACUUAUUCAGUUCUACAGUAAUCAUGAUAAGCAUCACACAAAAGGCAGUGUUCAAAUUUGUCUAGUAAUGGAUUGGUACAUAACCAAACGCGAAGAAAAAGAAAUCCAAAAUUCACUCCAUCUAGUAUUGAUUGUUAAAAUUGUGAGAUUGUUUUCCUUCUUCUAACAAACUGGUAUGAAAGGCAUCUUCUUCAAAAUAUUAUUUCAGCAUGAAAUGUUACUUGUUCCAAAGCAAACAAGCAUGAAUUAAUAAAAGCAUUUUUUUUCUGAAAAUGAGUGCUCUUCUUUUCAGCUUGUCUACGUGGAACUUACAAACAGUGGGCUACUCCGAGUGAGUGUAUUGCGUGUCCAGAACAUUCUACGACAGAUGCAGAAGGAAGCAUACUGAAAAGUCAAUGCAAAUGUCACGAUGGGUACGAAGGCGACCCCUCGAGAGACAUCGCUUGUACAGGUAACGAUAACUCAUUGAAAAAGGAACGAACACGUCUUAGCCUUAAAAAAAAAGCACAGAUUUGCGAUCUGAUCACUACACAAAAGUGUGCCCAAUAGAACACAGCGGUCAAACGUCGGGCACACGCGAGGGGAUCAGUUCUGUACCCCGUGCUCUAAUUUUCCGCGCUGAAUUUCAAAGGAAAACUGCUGUCUUGCAAAGCAAGCGAAAGCAAAGUAAAACCUGCUUAGAAUUAUUUAAAAGGAAACAAACGUGGACGAAAGGAAAACUGGAGACUUUUCGAACCCAAAGCUCAUUCAACUGCGAGUAUCCUGUUGUUACUAUUCUGUUUUGAGCUUCACUGAAUAAGUUCUACGCAUCUUAACACCAUAAUUUAUCGGCUUGUGUGCUUCUUUGUAACUCGUGUGAGACAACUUGGUUCUGACAGUGGCUAAAGGGGAGGGGUGGGGGGCAGCAAAAAAUACUGAGAAAUGGUAGGAAAUCCAUCCGUAGGGGGGGGGGGACAGGGUCUUUUUGAAUGUUCACCCCUUUCAGUAUCAUUUUCCAUAAUAGAUGGAGCUCUAUUUUCCAUAACUUACGGACGCAAUAUUUCUUUUUAUCAGUCUCUGCAAGAAAAGCAGACCUUUUAAAGUUCUCUGUUGCCUACUCACCGGAGAAAUAGUUUACUAUGAAGGAGUUCAAGGAGUAUCAUUUCCGCAAAGUAUUAGAGCUCCUAAUACUUCUAUUUCUGUCCAUUUUAGCCGUUAAGUGCGAGGAGCUCCUAGCACCUCCGAAUGGCGGUUUCCUUGCAGCAUGCGACGUAGUUUAUAACAGUGUGUGUGAAUUCCAGUGCGAUUCUGGGUACAAUCUUGUUGGGUCGAGCUUACGAAGAUGUCAGAGUAAUAAAGAAUGGAGUGGAAUAGCAGUGCAGUGUGAAGGUCAGUGGACUCUUGACUCUCAUAAACUCACGUGAUCCAUUCACUAAAAUAAGCAAGCAACGUUACUGACUUGUUUUAUUUUUCCUUUCUAUUUCUUUCCAGUUAUCACUUGCGCAGUUUUGCCAACACUAAACCACGGUACCAAAACAUGUUCUGGCAAAGGAUAUGAAUACGGAGAUACUUGUACUUUCAGUUGCGAUGAGGGGUAUGAACGCAAAGGAAGCGCAACUAGAACCUGUCAGGCUGAUUCCCAAUGGUCUGGAAGCGCAACGUCUUGUGAAGGUUUGUCAAAUUAAUCUCCACCCGAGGAAGUGGAAAUAGGAGCAAACCAGGCAGAGAUAUGUUAGGAAGGGUGACUGAGAAGUAUAAAGGCUGCAUAUGUGCAGUCACAUGGUAAAUCAAGUCAAACCCUGUGAAAGUAACAGAAAGUAACGGACGCGUGCGUUAAAAAGUAUUACGACGUCGUUAGCGCCACGUAAAUAUUAGCUCCUGGAUGCCACAUACCCUGAGGCUUUCUUAACACCCCAAGAUUGAUUUCUAUCUUCGUCUUAUUCGCUGAGAUUUGGGUGGAAGUCGAUCAAUGGGUCUCAGAGAUUUUUUUCAUAGCACGGUUGGGAUGUGAGGAUUGGCUACAAAAUUACAUUAAACACAUGUUUAAUUUUUUUUUUUCAUCAAAUGUGAAGCUCGUAAGUGCCCAGCUCUUCGUCAGUUAGCUUUUGGAACCAUUGAACCCGUGGAUUGCGUAACGACACCGCAGCCUUAUCAACGAGGAUGUACCAUGGCGUGUGUUUCCGGCUACACCAUAAAGGGAGACAGCAACUUGCAAUGUGGGUCAGAUGGUAAUUGGGUUGGAACUUUCCCCAUCUGUGAAGGUAUUUUGGAUCUUAUGUAUAUCUGGUAUGGGACGAGUAAGGUACGAAAGGGGUUGUUGAGGGUAAUGUAGCUAUUAUCCAUGCUACUUUAGUUCUACAGUUGAUGCUCUCUUUUAAAAGAAACUAACGCAAGUUUUCAAAUAAAUUGUAGGCUUUGCUUCUACAAAAUAAAUCAUUGAUGAAAUUAAGAGAUCCUCGCAGCUAAGAACACUACUGAAACGAGUAGUUGUAAAUAGGACCUGAAAAAAAAUUCAGGCCCGUACGGGAUUUGAACCCAUGACCUCUGGGAUACCGGUGCAGCGCUCUACCAAUUGAGCUAACAAGCCAACUGUCAUGGGUUCAAAUCCCGUACGGGCCUGAAUUUUUUUCAGGUCCUAUUUACAACUACUCGUUUCAGUAGUGUUCUUAGCUGCGAGGAUCUCUUAAUUUCAUCUCUCCACCGCAGUGCAAAUAUAUGAAUUUAAAUUAAUCAUUGUUAUAACUUACCGUGCUUUUUGCUAUGCUGCAAAACAUCGCCUUCAUCGGAUGUGUCUCAUGCUUUGCGUAUGUCUAGUAUUUGGCCUUCUUAUCCUCAAUCGUUGUUCAUUUGUUCUUGUCCAGUUGAUGAUUUCAAUUCUCGCCCAUUUUUGUUUGACAGUUUAGCAGCCUUUCAAGCCCUAACGUAGCUGCCAUUGCAUAUUGUUUCUAUUAUAGAUCUGCAACCACCAUCCAUCACCUGUCCACCCAACGUGAAUAACGGCACGGACCCCGAGCGGGCGACACGGAGCAUAAUCUGGAGUGAUCCUGUUGUCAGUGAUAAUGCAGAGUUGCACGAUCCGAAUGCUGCUCCAACAGUUACUAGAUCGCCUGACAUCAUAUCCCCGUACGACUUUCCCAUUGGCACCACUCGCAUUACAUAUACUGCAACGGACAAAGCCGGCCUAACCCAGUCAUGCGUCUACACAGUAACUGUCUUGGGUUAGUCAUCAACAACCAUCAAACGAGAAUUCUCAUUUCCUCUGUGUAUAUGUCCAUACAUAUUCUGAUGACGCUUGGUGCGUCUCAUGUUGAUGUUCCACAAAUGUUUAAUCCCUUAUUCCAAGUAUCACCAGUCUUGAUGUUCCACAAAUUUUUUACCUUGUUAUUCAUCUUCCGUUCAUUCAUUUCCAAAUGUUUGUAUUUGGCUAGUUAUUGAUCAAUGCAAUUGUUUAUUAACGUCUUCAUUCAUUUCUUUAUUUGUUGAUUGACUUUUUCAAUUAUUUUAUUCAUCUAUUCAUUAACUUUUUCUAACUUAGAUAACGAGCCUCCUGCAAUCUAUUGCCCGCAAAACAUGGAGGUCAAAAAGAAGAGUGACACACCAGCUAUAAAGGUCUAUUGGCCACCACCGACAUACCGAGACAAUUCCGGACAGGCCGUCACCAUCUUUACAGAGUCCAUCAAUGGCUCGGAUUUUAGAACCGGUUCUCAUCCGAUCACGUACACAGCAACAGACCAAAAUAACAAUAAAGGAUCGUGCACGUUUAUUAUUGUCAUUUCCUGUAAGUUUGAAUUUUGUUUUGUGUACAGCUUUUAUACCGCUUCGAGAAAGAUUGUCAGAAAACAAGCGUGAGAGUGCCUAGGAUAAUCCCGGAAGGUAUUGAGGGUACUUUUCAGGUCACGGUUCCCUGACUUCAGGAUUUCAGGGAAAUCUUAGGAAACCAUACCAUAUUAAAGAGACUUCGCGGGUUUUGAUGAAUUUAUUCAUGUACUUAUUUAUUUAUUUAAUUAUGAAAAUUAAUUGAUUACCGGAUACCCAGAUUACCUCUCGAUAUUGUCGAGCGUAAUUCAUGUCCUUUCUCGAAACAUAUGGAUAAAGGGGGUAAAUUUCUAGAGAAACUGUGGUGCUGCGUCAGUGGGAGAGAAUAACAGGGUAAUUAAAUAUUAUCACUGAAUUGAUAUUGUGAAUUGGCCACCGUGAAGAGUUUUAUAGUUGACGUUUCAAGCGAUAGCCCUUCAUCAGUUGUAGCAGCGAUUCCUUUGUAUGAUUAUGCAUAUAACAGGUCCACUUUCAAAUAAUUAAUGCAAGACAGUGAUCGUUAAAAUGUAAGUAAAACCUAAGGAAAUUGUUAAUGAGGAAUGGGGAGGGGGUGUGGUUUAGGGUACUCGGCCGGUGAGAAGUUAUUAUCCCUGCUGUAGAAGAAAUCAUAUGAUCUAGUCAUUUGCAAAUUACUUGAGAAGAUAAAAAUUAAUUUUUCAAUCGACGUUUUUGUUGGAGUUGCCAUCCUUACAGCUUAAGGUACACGAAGUUGAAAGCAAACGGAGGCGGAACCAGCCUUCGCGAAUAAAAGCUAAAUAAAUGCAAUACAAACCAGCAGGAAUCCAAACCCUCCAAACUGCCACUAAAUUUAAAAAUUUGGAGUAGCUAUCAUAAAAAGUUCAUGGCGUUAAAGCAAAUAACAUUCGAUCUUAAUCAUUUCAAACUUUUCAAUACUUUUCGCAUCUUGAGACUCUCCUCAAAGAACAUCGCAUUAAAUUUUGAAAUAACUACAUCUUCUCUUGUUCGUAGCUGUGAAAUGCAAGCCCUACGAUCCACCAAUCAAUGGCCUAAUUUCCUGUGCUCAGUCUGAUAUCUUUGGAGGAGAAGCGUGCACACCCCAAUGUAGCAGCACAAAAGAAUUUGCCCGAAUCCCGGCUGUUUUCUACAUCUGUCAAAGUAGUGGCAAUUGGUUUAUCUGGGAUUCCCGUCCCACUGUAUCCUUGGAAAUGCCGUGGCCUGACUGCACGGGUACGUCGACUGACAUUAUUUGUGAAAAAAAUUCUUCAGUUUACGCUGAAACUCAUUUGAAAAAAUCACAGGCAGCGAACAAUUAAAGAGCAUGCACGCGGUAGUCACCAAAAGUGACAAUCAGAUAAUUUAAUGAAAGCUAUGUAAAUUAACCAAUGCGAAACAGAUGAGGUGAAAGUUCAAUCCUUAAAAAUUAUACUCGUUUCAUUGAAUCUUUGCUCUUAUAACCGCCAUGGGCGAAAGCCCACCAUGAUGACAGCAGAUGCAUUCUAUUUCAAACCAAAUAGGAAAAUCAAAAAACCAACUAAGGAACACAUAACGCAGCAAGAAACGGAACUAAACGAACUACGGAACGAAUGUGAAAAGGAACGGUAAAAGAAAAAAUAAAUUGGUGCAAAAAACCACCACAACUGAGCACUUGAGUGUCGCAAAACCUAACCCAGAGAACCCCAACGAAUUGAACUUGCUUUUAAGGACAAAGCUCAGUAACUGUAGACGGCUGCCGUACAAAAGUUACAUAAAACGCAGUGAAUUGACCAAAAACUCCUGUAAGUUGAAGAACUUAAUACAAACAUCAACAAAGGGGUGAUUAGAAGAUGCAAAUUUAGAUGAAGUCAUUGUCAUUCUUUUAAAUAUUUACACAAAAAGAGAUUCAGGAAGGCAUUCACAAGUUCACAACUUUUUCUUGUAAAAACCCUCAGACUGAAAACGUUUAUUUUAUUUUUCAGAGGAGUAUGUUCCAGGUGCUGCACGCAAAGGCAUGGAGUGGCAAUACUUUGUCGGAGACUGCUCAGAUCCCGCGGUACAGCAACAAGCUAAAGAAAAUUUCAUAAAAGGAUUUAAUGAAGUGUUCGCUCCAGGUGACCCUAACUACUGUCAAAGGGAACAAAUAUGCACCUUGGAAAAUAUCAAAAUUACUUGUGGAAAGGUUCAGAGGAGAAAGCGAAGAAAUGCACAAGUAAGCAAAUUAUUUCUUUACCGCCAGUUCGAACCACUUAAAACAUACAUUAUAAUACUAUACAUAAUACGCAUCGCCAUUGAUUUUCGUGCCUAUGAGUUAGAUUUUUUUUUUUGGAGUCUAAGCGUCCUAUGGAGAUUUUAAUAGGGAAACUCUGGCCAUGGUAUGGAAGCUUUGCAGAAGCGACUGCUACAAUUAAAAGUCGAUCAACUCAAUGCAAACAUUUCCUACUAUGUGUUUAUUGAUUCGAGUGCUUCUACGAUCUGUUUUUACAUCAUGGAAUUUCUUACCGAAUUGGUUUAAGUGUCUAACUUAUCUCGUCAUUGUUUUAGGCCGUCCUAACCAUCGAACUCGAUGUUGAGGUUGUUACGCAGAACAACGAUUUCGACAAGGCCAAGUCCGAUUUGGAGGGUAACGUAACAAACGCGAAGAACGCUAAUUCAAUGAAGACAAUUCAGGUUAAUUCCCAGACAAUGACGUUGAAGACUGUGACGGAAACCCCCACAACUGGAGUCUGCGUCGACGGAGGCGUGUUUGGUCUCAAUCAAGGCUUCCUCCACAAAGAAAAAUGUCGUAAGUAGUCUAUAAUCUGUGUACUUCUUCACAGAUUAUUCACAGUUUUCACUCUUUCUCUUUUCCUUUUUUUAAACUUUAUCGAUCCAGAUGCAAACAAACCCUGAAACCCAUCUUCGUGAAAAGAGGCGAAUCUGAAUAAUCUUCAUGACAUAAUUCUUUUUUGGUGUUAAAUGUUCUGUUUGCCGGUCGAUAUCGGCACGAGAGCAGUGUAUAGGAGGGAAGGGAGGGGAAGGGGGGUGUUCCACUUCUUAAUAUUUUAGCAUCGCUCCGACGGCAUUACUCAGAUAUUGCACUGCAUGAGACAAGAUCGCUAAUCUAAAUAUAUGUGGUUGUCUUUCUCCUAGAAAACUGCCCGUCUGGCACAUACUAUGACGUUAACUUUAAAAACUGCUCAGAUUGUCCACUUGACACAUACAACACAUACACUGGUCAGGUGGGCGAGUGCAGGGUUUGUCCUACGAAGACUUAUACCCUUGCUGUUGGGAGUAAAAAUAUCUCUCAAUGUUUAGGUGAGUAUAAAAAAACUCCUUUACAGAGUUCAAUCUAAAAUGUCACGAAAAAGAUCACAUUUUGUAAUACUCCUUCUCGCUUCUUGCCAUGGAAACUGGGAUAGGUACCAGCUGCAUGGGUCACUUGCUUCAAGUAACGUAUAGACAAGUAGUUAUUUCAAAACUUUUAAGAAAAUUGAUUAUCUUUUACUGUAGCCGCUUGUCAACCUGGAGAGUUCUCACCCACUGGCCUCGCCAACUGUGCACAAUGCCCCUUAAAUACUUACCAGUCUCUUCUGCGACAGACGUCGUGCAUUGCCUGUCCAGGAUCAUCAGUCACUUUGGGAUUUGGUACCAACUCAAUCAGUGGAUGCGGAAGUAAUUCUCUGUUUUAGUUUUGAUGUUGUUGGUUUUUUUUUCUGUUUGUAUGUUUGUUUUUUGUGUAUGCGUGUUUUUCUCUUUACGUCGUUUAUUUUCUUCUUGUUUUGUACUCAUUCAUACGUCCAUUUUUUAAUCGAGAAGACAAAAAAUUUUACAGUUGUAAUCAUCAUCAUCGUUGACAUUACGAUCCGUAUUCAUUUUCAUUACCAAUUCACCAUCAUCCGGUAUCGUCACUUCCAUUAUAAUUAUUAUCAUCACGAUUGUUUUUAUCGUUUUUAUCAUCGUUAUUGUAAUUAUUCUUGUUAGUGUUGUAUUUUCAUGUGAGUUGUUCUCGUAGUUUUUUCCUAUCGUUUUUACCGACGUCCUCGUUAGAUGUUAUUGUUGUUAUUCUUGAGAUGUUCCUGAUUUCCUGGAUCAAGAUAUGCUAAUGAAGGUUCUAUCAAGAUGAAAAAGGUGGUGCGGUUAUUUCGAGCAGGAAACCAUCUUCCUACAAUGGAAUCACUAGAAACAAAAUCAGUAAUCCCGAAGACUAGCGUGCUUUCUCAAGAUUAAAGAGAGAGAUGCCAUCCAAUAUUGUUUCCAACGCCCAUCAACAGGGUACCUUUAAAGAAUCACUCACGUUUCAUUAUCAAUUUCAGUGCCGUGUGCUCCUGGAACAUAUUCUCAGACCGGUGUUGAACCCUGCUUACCAUGUGCUCAAGGGACUUAUCAACCCGAAAGAAAGCAAACUAAGUGCUCAUCAUGUGACAACAAAUCAACUUAUGGUCAAGGUGCUUCAUCACCGAGCCAGUGUAUCGGUGAGUGGCAUGAUCUCUUGCAAACCACUAUAGACUGCUGAUAGAAUUGACUUUCCAUGAUUUCUGAAUUGUGUCUUGUGCUGUGGAAGAUACUUCUGUUGCAUUGUAAGGAGAUGUUAUUUAUCUUACUUAUCUCGAGAGAAUAGCCGUAAUCAAUUUUAGAACAAAUAUGUAAUUUAUCCAACUCACUAACAUCACUUCACAUGACAGCGAUUUUGAGCUGUGCGUCCAGUCCAUGCAACAACGAUGCUACGUGCGUUGAAGUGGCCCAGGGAUACAAAUGCAAUUGCAAACCAGGGUUUACCGGAGCAAAUUGCGAUAUCGAAGAGGAUGAAUGUGUCUCAAGUCCGUGUGCUAAAGGAUCUACUUGCGUUGACAAGGUAGGUGAUCAAGCCUUUGAUGUUCUAUAGUACAUGUCAUCUUCCUUAUUGCUUUCUGUUUGGAUGUUAAAGAACGAUGAUAAAGGUACGCAUGCGAAAGACGAGUAUCUAAAGUUAUGACCUAUAGAGAGCGAAAGUGGAUGAAUUAAUAUUGACGAUUCAGGUAACAUAUAAUAAGUACGUAUUCUGAGAUGUAAGGGUGCAAGGCUAUCUUAGCAUCAGGCCUUUCCUUCCCAAGAAGAAAAGUGGGUAACAAUUAUAUUCGGUAUAGCCCAGCUUUACCUCUGUGAAAAGAGAAAGAAGAAAAAGAAAAAAAAAGUCUUAAGGGUACUUAUCUUUAGUUUACACUUCUUGGAACCGUUGUACGCUAAUUUAACUUCAGCUUCUUACCUCUCUGUGCGAUGUGUAUUAUGUUUAUAACUGAGGUCGAUGGUGAUUCGACGGCCAUCGAUCCUUUUUGUGACAAACCUAAAUGCUAAAUGUGCAACUUAUCAACCAAUUUUUCUCACAGAUAAAUGGGUAUGAGUGUUUGUGUCCUCCUGACUACACUGGAGCUCAUUGUGACGUCAAACAGAGUAGCUGUGACAGUAGCAAAUGCGCCUCUGGUUCACAGUGCGUCAAUUCCCCAGAUGGACACGAAUGUGUCUGCCCAGAUGGAUACGAAGGACAAUUCUGUGAGACAAAAAUCAAUGUACGUCAAAAAAGACAAAAGAAAGCAGUAUGGUAACACCAGUGACUGCAAAGAUGUGUGCGUCCGUAUUGAAGAAUAUUAUGACAAAUUUAGCAAAUAAUUUGUGGAAAACUAAGAGAAUUAUAAGGGCUUACUACCUUUUCUCGGGAGGUUCGAAACGUCAAUGCUGUGCAAAAGAAAAAAAACGUGCCUCGUCGCCUUUAGCUAGGCCAGCCUUAAAUUCACUUUUUUGGAGAAUAUUCAGUUCGCUCUGUUGAUCCUAACAUCGAAAAAUAAUCACGCCAUCUACUAGCAUGCAUUACUUCAUGAUGUAUUUUAUAUCCUUAGCCGGCGGGAAUCACUUAAUUGGCUCUACAACAAGGAACAUGAAAACGUAGGCAAGACCACUUUACUGCAAAUGAGGCACUGACAUCGAAUUAAUAAAGUUAGAUAAAUAUUUGAUAAAUUGUUUCCAACAAUGACGAACAAUCCCUAACAAAUUAGUCUCUGGGACCAUACGAGAUUUUUUUCUAGUCGAUCACGGCUUGGUUCAUUUUUCUUCUUUUGUUACAUAGGAUAUUUCAUUAACAAAAAUAUAGCCAGAUAUUGACUGGUACUCUUUUGUUUCCACGUCCAAGGAGUGCAAAGCAGCACCAUGUAAGAAUGGUGGAACUUGUUUGAGCAAGACCUCCGCAUUCCAAUGCACCUGCCCCUCAGGCUUCAGUGGAAAUCUAUGCGAAAAGAAAGACAAUGGCUGUCUUCCAGACUCUUGCUUGAAUGGCGGGACUUGCAAGGAAACCAGCUAUGGUCCAGAAUGCACCUGUUUGGCAGGUUUUGCAGGCACAAAAUGCGAAAUUAAUAUUAAUGAGUGUUCAAGCUCACCAUGCCAGAACAACGGACACUGUGUUGAUCAAACAAAUGGUUACAAGUGUUACUGCAAACCUUCCUUCAAGGGAUCUAACUGCGAGACAGGUAUUUGAAGGGAUAACGCCAGGGCUUUCAAAAUUGAAGGAGUUUUUUUUUUUUUUUCAUCAUUUAUAAAUUUGCGAAAAGGUUUCCACCAGAAUUCAAAACUUUCUUUUGACACGGCUAUUACCUGCUUUCUUUUUUUUUUUUACUUAAUUUUCUUAUGUUUUACUAAUAAAUUAGUUUUCAGUAGAAAAUAGCUUACCAGGAACAUGCCUCAAUUGGUGAACCAGAUAUUUAAGUCGCUCCGAAAGAACACUUUGCUUUACUUUAGUUCUUGAAUUAGCUUUGCACCUCACAUAAAUCAUUCGUUAUUUUACUUUGGCUCUAGCGACUUCUACAAAAGCAUAAAUGUUAAAACCUGUUUAAGAUACAUUAGCAUAUUUUUCUCACAAAAAGCAUUUUUUUCAAGAAAUUUCCACUGACUUUGACAUGGAGUUCGAUAGAAAACUGGGUCGUGGAUUAGCUAUCGUGGAAAUGCGUCAGGAAUUGAGAGCGUUUUCUGUCGCUUUCUGGAUGAAAGUUGCCAACAGUGAGGUUAAUCCUGGAACACCUUUAUCAUAUGCUGUCAAAGUGGGAGGUAUGAUAAUAUUUCCUAUUUGCUGAUCAUAAACAAUUAUUAGAUGAGUUUUUUGUGAUAUCGAGGGAUCUCUACGAAAGCAUGAAAGUUGAAACCAGUUCAAGAUACAUGAGCAUAUUUUUCUCGGUAAGGGUUAUCAGGGUUCUCAGCCGAAGCUGAAGGCUUCAGCUGAUAACCUCUACCUCCACCUUGAUUAUUCAGAAUAUCACAAAAACCGAAUCUAAUAAUUAUCUUACCAUGUACUGAACGAAAAAAAAAAAUGGUCACAACAGUAAGUGGAACAGAUAAUUUAUUUCUAAACGUGUAAAAAAUAUACAAAUUAGCAAGCAACACAAAGCGCGCGAACUUGACAUGAUUACCCUUAGAAAUCAUGCACUGCGGUCAUACAUGAUAUAGCUACCCUUGACCUUGAGUGUCCUCGACAUGAUUAUUGUAUAAUCUGCAGAUAGAUGACUUCCCAGGCGCUUAUUGCGAAAAUUCACUAUACGCUUCGGCUAAUCAGAAAAGAGCUAUUGAGUUGAAUGUACAAAAAUCAAGCUUGUCAAAGCACCUUUUAAUUAAAUUUCGAAAGUAAUCUGGAAUUCUUUUAGUUUUUAUAUACUUCGCUCUGUGAUUGGUAAAAACUCGCACCACUCUCUCAACUGGUCAGAUGCAAAACUAAAAACCACGACUUUGAGUCGAUUGGGUCAGUUUUAGUUUUAGUUCUCAUUGGUUCUUAAAGGUAUUUCCUUUCUUUUGAUUGGCCGUUUCGUUUACUUUGAUUGUGGUUUUACGACACUCAAUCAAAAAGCGCCCUGUUAAGUAUUUACAAAACUUCACAGCAAAUGCAACUGCAAAUCCAGGCAAGAACCGUGCACUUUGGAAUACAUCAACCUUGCAAAUCAAGCUUAACUACCGAGAGUCUUAUCUUCAGAUACGUUCAGAAGCGAGUUUUAAGGAUCACUUAACCAGAGGCGUCGCAUAGAAAAGCGCUAGAAGAUGUAAAUCUGAAAACACCUUUAGAUAAGCGGGAAGAAUUAUGCGCAAAUCUGUUCAAUCAGAUCAAAGAGAGUGAUGGCAAGCAUAAACUAGCCGACCUGCUACCUGCGCACAAUAAUGCCUCUCAGUACAAAUUAAGGAAUAACCGAAUGUUUGCUACGCCCGGUAUCAAAACCAAAAGGUUUCAAAAUUCCUUCAUAAUGCACUAUUCAGCGAAAGAGCAAAUGUAAAUUUAAGUAGGUUUAUAUUUAGGUUUUAUUAUUAUACGAUUUAUAUCUUUUGUAAUUGUAUGCUUUUUAAAUUAUUGUAAAUUAUGUAUAUUGCACGAGUAAUUCAGCUAUUAGCUACUAGUUGUGAUUUUAAUAAUGAUGAUGAUAAACGAUCUUCGAUUAGGUAGCUAGCUUCACGUCGCUUAUUUUUAAAGUAAAUCAGGUCUGAACAAGAAAAAGUCCAUCAUACAACGUCCUUAAAUCAUAUAUUUUGCGAAUUUUUUUUAGAGAAAGUUGAGGAGAAUGCUCUUGUCAUUCAUGACUAUAAUGGGUUUAACAUUUGGGUGAACGGUGAGAAAGCUUCCACGAAUGUAGCAGCAAAUGACGAUAAAUGGCAUCAUAUGGUAAUGACCUGGGAAAGUUCAACGGGGACAUGGAAAGUGUACAAGGAUGGAAGCCUCGUCAGACAAAGUGAUCCGGCUGAGCCUUUUCAGAAGGGACAGGUUAGUCGUGUAAUUACACCGACCCGAGAGAUACAACAGAUAUUGCCUACUUGCUUCUUCUGUUACAAAUAAAACAAUCCAUAAUAAUGCAAAAGAGUUGUUGAGGUACUUAUUAUGAUCACUCGUUCUUUCUUAUCAUUCGCGCGGCUUUGAUUACCUCUUACAUCUCUUUGGUGUUUUCCACCCUGAAAAAUAUUUAAGAAGGCUAGUAUGAAGGGAGGGAAUGACAAUUCUUUUAAGGAAACAUGGUAAAUCAUCUAAAUGCUUUAACCAAAUUAUCUCAAAGGCUUGGCAAAAUAAUUGUACCUGAUGUAACUUCUGGGUUUUUUUUUGUUUUCCAGGUUAUCGCAGCAGGAGGGUCUUUUGUUCUUGGACAAGAACAAGACGCUGUGGCAGCCAACUUUAGUGCUAAUGAAGCUUUUAUCGGCAAAAUGAGUCAGAUGAACGUUUGGAGUUAUGAACUCACGGCCGGAGAUAUUGCAGACAUGGCACGACACGCUGAAAGCCUCCUUGGAAAUGUCGUUGGAUGGCCCGAUUUCUUUGAUGUGGCCAAUAGCGGUAUUAAGAAGAUUCAACCGUCCGUAGCACGAACUGGUACGUGCAAUUAACACUCUCGUUCGCAAACAUUUAUUAUCAAUUAUUCAAUCUAUUACCUUUUGUCGAAAUCAUGCAAAUUGGAGCAAAACACUAUGUUAUCGGCAUUAGGUUUGCAUUGAUGCAGAAUAUCUGCUACAUUAAUCAGAAUUUCAGGGAGAUCAUUUCGCUUCACUUCAUUUCAUUAACAACAAAAACUGUUGGUAAUUGAGUCAGUAAAUGAGGAGGAAUAAUUUGAUUAAUCCAAACCAAAUCGUUAAAAAAUAUUCCCCCAAACCCAUGUACCGAGGUGCUGCUUGGUUGAGGGUAUAACAUUGAUUAAAUAUUUAACGAUUACAUGUAUUUGUUAUUAUCAUUAUAAUUAUCAAUAUUACUAGUGUUGUUGUUAAUAUUAUUGUUAUAGUUAGUUAUUUGUUUUCGUUUUCGAAUUGUAGAUAACAAAUGCUGGACUGCGUGGCUAAACAAUGACUUACCCACCACUGGUGCAGGGGACACGGAGACUCGUGCAGGUGCAUGUGCGGGACCCGGUCUAUUUGAUUGUCAGGAUAUCGAUGGAAGAUCAAUGCCAGACCUUGAAUUGAAUUUGACAAGUACUUGCUCAGAUAGUGGUAUCACGUGUUUGAAUAGCGAUCAAAGAACUGGACGCAGCUGUCCUGACUUUAAAGUUCGAUAUGUCUGCACGUGCCCAGGUAAAGAGUUUAAUUUGUAUUCCACGUUUUAGAAUUUUUUCUUGUUUAUUCGGAGAGCAUUAGUAAUGUCUUACUGCUAAACACGGACAUAUGUCCAGAGACGCAUGCGGUGACGAAAACAGCGAAAAUUCUUCAAUCCAAUCUGCCGAGCUGAAUUCGCUCAGGCGAAUUUGACUGAAAAUUGGCCAAAAUUGUCAAAUAUAUGAAAAUUCAAUCGCUUCGACGAACUUUCGUCAAAUCUGCCAUUUUCGUUACUGCGUGCAUUUCUGAACAUAAGUGGAGGAGAUGUUUCCAAAAAUGGAUAUGUCAUCAAAUCUGCCAUUUUCAUUACUGCGUGCAAUCUUGACAUAAGUGUAACUACACAUAAUCUAGCUAUAAUUCGCAUUGUAAAUCAAGAGCUUGUAAUCGAUUAUUAGAGCCGCCUCGCAAACACAGAACGAGGAAAAAGCAAGAUAUGCCUUUUUGCUUUGUGUUUCUUACUAAUCUAAAGAUUAUAAUUCAGCAUGAUAAUCUACAACAUAGAGCAAACUAACCGAAAAGUUUCCAAACAAACAGCGAAUAGUGCCUGCAACAGCAAUCCAUGUGGAGCUCACGGGACAUGUGAGACUCUUCCAGUUGGAUAUAAAUGCAAAUGUCAAGCAGGAUAUGAGGGUCGCCAUUGUGAAACAGGUAUGAAAGGUUAUAGAGGUGACUUAUAUUCCUCACCCUCUUCUCAAUAACACACAUUGUUUCUUUCUUAAAUUACCUUAAUUCAAUUCUGGUCAGAGCCAGAGACCUUUGCAUUUAAAUUCGUCUCCGUUCGGGCUGUAACUAACAUGCAGAAGUUAGAGAGUGAAACAUGCAUAAAAAAGGAAGGAGAAGGGACAAGAAAACACAAGCUUAUGAUUGCAUCCACGUGAGGGAUGAAACGUGUUUAAGUCGCAUUCCAAGUACACAAAGCCUGAGAGCUAAAAAUUCUGCUAAGCCUACAAAAAAAAUAGGAAAGGCGUGUGAGCAAUCGAAGGUUUAUAAACGCAGGUAUAGUAUUCCAAAAGAUAUUGUCUCGACCCUCGGACUUUCGUUUUUAAUAGUCAUUUUUUUGGUAAGGGAUGAAUUCGAAGUUUUUUAGCUGACUUAAUACUAAAGCUUCUUCAAGACUUACCUUUCUGCUUGAACAACAACUGUGUUUUAAUAAUUGAUUGGCAGCUCUAAAAUGUCCAUGUCCCGGAAAAAUUGCACAUGGCAAGUACAGUGGUAGCCGAGUUUUGGGCAGUAAAAUGACCAUCCAUUGCGAUAAUGGAUACAAGGCAAGUGGAACGGCAACGCUGAACUGUGUUGGUGGAAAAUGGGAUGCUCUUGUCCCACAAUGCAUAGGUGAGAAUAUAUACAUGACUGAAAAGAAAUGAAGUCAUCGUGACAUUUAACUCGUACUACUACUGGUGGCUAUCGGAGAUCUGAUGCGCCGAGAUUAUAAUCUCUUGGAUGGACUCAAGAGGCUUUAAUCAAAGCCAGCGUCUGCGAAUGCAGUCUUUAAAGAAAAGACUAUUUGUGGACAAGAACUUUAGAUAAAAAUGCUCCUUUUGCUUCCUCCACAGACAUUGAUGAAUGCUCCACCGGACAGGCAAACUGCGGGCAAGAGUGCGUAAACACGUUAGGAAGUUACAAAUGCAGGUGCAAUGCGGGAUAUUCACUUAAUCAAGACGGAAGCUGUUCAGGUAGAAAUAUUUUAAAAGAAGUCGCUGUUAGAAUGGAAAUUAUGAUAGAUUGAAAGAACAAAAAAAAAAAAACAGGACGAAGAAAAAGUACUACAAUUUUUCCCAACCUAAGAUCUUCUCUCAGUCACGCAUGAGUUUUGUCAAAGGUGUUAGCAUUAACUGGAUUUUGAAAAUCGAGUAAAGUAAAGACUAAUUUUACGCAUUUUUUAGCAAAAACACAUGUUGCCCGCAUCAAGAUACACUCACUAACAUACACUUUCAUUAAACAUAUUAAGUUUGAUUCUUUGAAUGUUUUCUAUUUUUUUCUCGCGGUCUUUGUCUCUUAAUAGUUAAAUACUCGCUCGUUCCUCAAGGGGGCAAAUCAGUUAUAAACAUUAUUUUUUUCCGUAAAACUUUACUUAAACCAGUUUCACAGCAACAAUCACCCAAGCAGACUUGACAGACCAUUGUGUUAUUCUAAGAAUCAAGGAGACUAAUAGGAUGUAGUUGUAUGAAAUUGAAUUUAACUCUCCUUCAUAUUAACGUUUAUCAAUCAGAUAUAAACGAGUGCAAUUCCAAUAAUGGAAACUGCCAGCAGAGCUGUCAUAACAGUGUCGGUAGCUACCGCUGUACAUGUGGAUCUGGGUACAGUUUAAUGGCGGACAGUAGAUCAUGCGCAGGUAAAGCAUAUGCAUAACCAAAUAAUACUCAAACAAUUUUUUAAUAAAUGAUCCAAAUUCAAAAAGCUCUUACUCUAGGCUUCUCUAACUGAAGCUAUGCCAUCCGUGCAUUCCUUCGAGCCAUCGUGAUAGUGGGAAGAUUAUCAUUAAACAUGACGAUUUGAAGAACAAAAGAUAAGAUAUUGCAGUCAGUGACGUAGGUGUACUUGAAAAGAAGAAUAUCUCGAGUGCUUGAAGCAAUCUGUUACCUUACAGAAGACUCUUAGAGAUGUUCGUGCCACUGAUUUAUCGAACCAUUCCCAAAUAGACUGCAUGAUUUACGACGGAAAAAAGGGUUAAUUUAUAACAACAUGUUAUAAAUGAAUAGGCAUGUACAUUUUUAGCAUCUGAGUUGCUUCAUACUGAAAUUUCCCUAUGAAUUGCAACAGCCCAUAUGCUUAAUCAGUAACAGUGGUCCAAGUAAAACAGGCGAGAAUACUUUAACUGAUAACUCUUUCUCCUUGCUUUUCCCAGAUGAGAACGAAUGUUCUACCAACGCUGGAUUGGGCCCGUGUGGGCAGAUUUGCGUCAAUACGUUUCUAGGAUAUAGCUGUCUGUGUAGGCCAGGAUAUACUCUCAACAACGAUAAGAAAACAUGCACAGGUAAACCAGGCUUCCUACUUUCAUUGCAUAGAAAAUGAACCCACCAAUGGAAAGGCAAACAUGCACGACAUGCACGUCGGCUGACUGCUUAGCUAAGUAAGUAACUGGCUGGCUGACUGACUGAUUGACUGACCAAACGACUGACGGACUGAUAGGCUAACUUAAAGAUUAAAAUUUUCCGCAAAUUGUAAACUUACAUGUAUAAUCUCUUAAAAUUUGUCAUUCCAUCAUCAGCAAACUCUUGUCCAGCUAUACAUAGCUUUGCCAAUGGGAAACUGGACCCAGCUAAUCCCGUAACAACCCUAGAUAGCACUGUGAAAUUUGAGUGCAACGUUGGUUAUAUAUUGAGGGGAGCGUCCACAAGAACAUGUUUGGCUAAUGGCGAGUGGUCUGGAAAUGCACCUCGUUGUGAUGGUGAGACUAUUUCUAAGUUUUAUCGCAUUAAGACUUUUUAAAACUCUAAUGGGCCGGUUAUUUACGCGAGGUAUAACCCAAUACACGGUUUCCGCAAACAUUAGGCCUCAGUUUUUCUCUAUGGGGGGGGGGUUGAUCUAAUUAAAUGAACGUCCCUUCACUGUCAGCUUUCGAUCCUCUUAACACUGUUCACAAAAAAAAAUUUUCAUAUAAAAAGUUCAGCUAACUUGAGGAUUGUUUGGGACGCAGUUUUGUUGACAAACGGCUAAACUAAAUCAUUUAAUCAUUGAGGCCUUUUUUUUUUUCUUUUAGGAGUUAAAUGCAUCCUCCCCGGAGACCUUAAGGACGGAAUGAAAAGCACCUCAGCAAAUUCAUAUAACACUGUUGUCACUUACACAUGCAAUCAGGGAUUCCGAUUAGUGGGAUCAACAACUCGUACAUGUCAGGCCGACAGGUCCUGGAGCGGAGAGCAUCCUCGCUGCAUAGGUUAGAUGGGUGACACUAAAACUUCGAGAAGGUGAAACUACGUGCGACAGCACGAAUGGUUCCGCUAGACUGAAUAUUGUAAUCUAAACCUAAGGUAAUGUUUCUUUCCUCAGCUGCUGACUGUCCUGAGCCUUCGGUUCCGAAUAAUGGAAAGCUGAUUGGUCUUCAGAGGAAAGAUGGCGACACCAUCAGAUUUGAAUGUGACCUCGGUUACAAACUGGUUGGUCAAGAUUAUGCUAUUUGCCAAGGAAACGCCUGGAACGCUCCCACGCCGUCUUGUGAUUGUUAGUAAUAAUUAACAGCAAAAUUGAAUCUUUAGCUCUAGUAAGCAUGGUUGGACAAGGAACGUUUUGUCAGUGAUUCGUAUGAAACAAAGUAACUUCAAUUUCAUUGUGAUUUUCUCUGAAACAAUUGAUUUUCAUUGUUAAAAAAAUUUAAUUUCUAUAAAGUCAUGCUCUGGUUAAUACUUCUUUUUAUACCUCUUAUUAUAGCAGUUAGUUAGUUUAGUCUCCUUAUUAGGUUUAUCGACAGCAAACAAACCAUUCACGUGAACCUUCCAUGAAAAGGCUAGUAUAACAGUAAAUUUCAUAGACCUGUUUAAUUUGUAUUGCUUCUCCCAUAUUGCUUUCGGUUGAAGAUGAUUCCAGCAACGACAAAACAAAGAAACUAAACACUCCAUAAGUUGAAUCACUUCUGAAGGUAAAGAGACGAAUCUAAUUUAUAUCUCCCUUCUAGUGGUAAAUUGCGGUGAACCUCCAGCAAUAGCAAACGGUCAACAUCAUGGCUCAGACUAUUCCUACAAUGCAAAGGUGACGUUCUCUUGCUUAGCCUCAAACUUCAAGCUGUCAGGUUCAGAAGAGAGAAUAUGUCAGGCUGACGGUACAUGGAGCGGAACUCAGCCAGUCUGUCUAGGUAAGUUUUAUUUCUAGAUUUGUUGUUUUCUCCGAGGGCUAUGGUGUGGGUGAAGAGUCGCUUCCUUCCCGGGGCUUAGCAUUUGCUCUUCGAAACGUAAACAUUAUGAAAAACAAUGUCGUGGGUAAGUAUCUUUCCAUUUUAAUUCUUUAACAUCGGUUGGGUAUUCCUUUCCAUGUUAAUUUGCUAACUACGAAGCUCAAUAUGCUAACUAUGCCAGAACACAAUGCCUAAAAGCUGUAAUAUGGAUAAUACACUGGAUUUGCCCAAACGAUUUAUGAAAAAAUCUAUCAACGCCUCAAUGAGUGAUGCGAAUCAAACCUUGGGGCUGUGAGAAGGAACACUUAAAGUGUCUACCUUUCUAAACGUUUCGCCUACAGCUUUAAAAUGAGCGCAUCAAGUAGAACUAUCGAUCAGGGCAGCCAUACUGACUCAUACGUAUACCAAGCGGAUAGAUUUUAAAAAAUAUUAUCUCUAAUCUAUAACUAUCAAAUCUCACUUUUUAUGUCUUCUGAUGGCAGAAAACUCAUGUGGCAACCCUGGUACACCGGAAAACGGAAUUAAGGUUGGAGAUAGCUACAAGUAUCAUGAUGUUGUUCAAUUCCAGUGUAAUGAAGGAUAUAACUUAAUUGGGUCCAGCUCCAGAACAUGCAAAACGGACAAUAAUUGGGAUGGAACACAACCAACCUGCCAACGUAAGUCGAUGUCUAAUUGAAAUCAUAAAGACGCAAAAGAAUUGCUUUAUGCCUCUCAGUCAGAAGUGAUCCCGAUUUGGGUACCACUUUGAUGAGUUAAAACAGCAAUUAAACUAAAAUUUCCCCAUGAGCUAGAUAUUAAGGGGAGUUAAGAGUAAGGUAGGAAAUUAGAUGAAAUUGUUGUUUUUCGAAAAUCUUCUUCACGAUAACAUAGACUUACUUACGAAUUUUUUCUACAUGACCGCUAUGAAUGUUGCCACUUAUCCAGUUCAAUCCAUCCGUAGAGAUACUUUCUGAUGGAGUUCUCAGUUUGUUUGUUCUUAGCACCCAAACUGAAUUGGCCUUUAUUUAAGAAUUUGAACCAGAGAACCUGAAGAUAGUAACCACUUUACCAAGCCUGAAGAUUUCAUCUAUCAGCUUUAAAAAUUGUAACGUAUCUUUCAUAAUCAAUAUAGGCAUACGCGGUCAAAACUUGAGGUUGAUUUGGUCAUGACGGAUUAAGGAUCCUUCUAUAGGUUCAUUGGACAGGUUUUAGGAAUUUGUAGUCUUCGAUUCAUAUAUCAAAGAUUCAAGUUGCAUUUUCAAGAAAUAUAACUGUAAGAAAUUCCUGUAGUUGUCAGCUGCGGAGAUCCUGGAUUGCCUUCAAACGGGGAGCGCUUUGGAUCAGAAUUUACUUAUGGAAAGAUUGUGGUAUAUGACUGCAAACCUGGCUACCAACUUGUGGGAACCAGGGAAAGCAAAUGCCAACUGGACGGGACUUGGUCUGCGGUAGUCCCCAGUUGUGAUGGUGAGCUGUCUAUUUGUACUUUUAUUCGAUAAACUCACUCAUCCACUUUUUCAUUGAUUGAUUAAUUUAUUGGAUCAUUCGAACAUUGACACUCAUGGUUUUUUCCCGUAAACGUUCAUUCAUUAAUUUAUUCACACCUUGAUUUUUUCCCUUUGCUUCUCUCCUUCAUUCCCCUUAUUCAUUCGUUUGCUCAUUGGUUCCUUCAAGAUAACAUCCAUUUUUCAUGGUCUCAAUUUAUUCGAAAAGCCUUGGCACAGUGCCCAUUCAAGGAGAAUCCUGUUAAACAAAAUAUGGGAAUUGGAAAGCUUAGCUAGAUAAUAAUAACUGGUCAUUUUAAACAUUUCAGAAGUGAAAAAAAACAAAACAAAACAAAAACAUAAAUGCUCUCAAGUACAGUACUCAAAAGGUCCUUAAAAGCACUUCCCCACACUCCAGAGAUAUUCUAUUUUACAUUUUCUCCUCCAGAUUACCUUGACAAUCGUUUUCAAAAACGACUGUAAAGUUGAACUGACUGAACAAAUUCAUUAAUUUCUUAACAGUUUCAUCAUGUGGCGCAGAACUUGUUGGGCCCUCCGGGAGUUUUAGUUCUCCAAACAACCCUAACAGCUAUCCAGACAAUGCCUACUGCCGCUGGAAAAUAAGCGUGCCGGCCGGCAAGAAGGUCAUGGUUACAUUCAAUUCGCUAAAAAUCCAAAAGAACAAAGAUCUGGUAGAAAUAUAUGACGGUGGUUCCAAAGCACUUAUCACCAAACUCUCUGGCGUUUAUUCCAAACCGGUUUCAUUCACGUCCGAAAGUACCUCAAUUGAUAUACGUUUUGUGUCUGAUGGUAGUGAAAACUCGGCAGGAUUUUCAGCAUCGUUCCAGCAAGUCAGUAAGUAUUUAAUCCUACACCAAAUGUGCUGCAACGACCGUUUUCUCCAAGAGAAAAUUAUGUGCCACAACUCUUUUUCGUCUAGCGUUCUAAAAUCUUUUAUUUCUCAUAAAAUCACGUUUCAAGCGACAUAAUUCGUUUUGGCAUUGUAGUGCUUAAACGAUACAGUACAAUACAACACAACAUAAUAGGCAAUACCAUUUACUGAAAAAAAAAACUUAAUAAACUAAUAUUAUCAAAUAAGGCAUUAAGCUAAUAUAGACCUUAUUUUUCGCCUUAACGCGACUCGUUCCAACACGGGCCGAGGACGUUUUGUACUCGCACAGAAAUAUGUCAGCUACCUGCCUUGAGCAUACUUUAUAAAUUUGAGAACAAUCUUCUCCAUCCUUCCAUUUUAGUGCUCUUCACCUUUCUUAACUGAUAUUUGAUGAAAUUUGGAACAAAAGCCUUAAAAUAAGUGGGUUGAUGUCGCUUUUUUUUUUUUCUGUUUCCUACAUGUUAAUAGUCUUAUUCGAAAGUGGGGAAUGUCACGCGACGUUUUUUGUUACGUGGUAUCAUUCUGACAAUUUCUUGGAGUUUCUCGGUAUAUAUCCUUCUAAUAAGACAAUUUUUACCACUUAUCAGCAUGUGGAGGUGUAAUUACUGCGCUGGAUCAGACCGUAAUGUCACCCAACUUCCCUAGUGACUAUCCGAAUAGUGCCACUUGUGUGUGGACACUCGCCCUUGGCAUACCCUUCCAGCUGGAAUUUGAGAGCUUCCACACACAGUCUGGCUAUGAUCUUUUGAAAGGAUACAGCUCAAUUAGCUCCUUUACUUGUAAGUAGUUAUCGAUUGUGGUUACUUUCGUUUAUUUUAUUUUUUCAGUUUCAGAUUAUCGAUUGCCACUAGACUAUUUACUGUUUAUCUUUAGGAAACUAAAAAGAGCCCGUAAUACACGAAAUUGUUUCCCAGUCAUCAACCGCGUUCUCAGGGUUCCUCUCUCUCCGUUCCUCGAAGAAGGAGGCAAAGAACCCUGGGAAUGAGGGUAACCCCUCAUGGCCUCUCUUUACUUCUGUUUUGGAUUAUUCUUCGUCAUAAUUUCUCCUGUUUCAUUUAACCCUUGUUUAUUUGCUUCUUUUAACAGCGAGUGAUCUCAUAUUCGAUUUCGACGGGGAGAGGUUCAACCUUGCACCGAUACAAGUCUCAGGUGGCCAGAUGUACCUGAUAUUUACAUCCAACUACGUCGGAACUGCCCCCGGAUUUAAGCUGACGAUUAAAAAAUAUCAAGUAAUCGUGGGAAAAUAA